AGUAGGCUAAAGUGUAUGGGCAUAUACGCCGUGCAUGUACUGUAUGUGUUUGUGUGUGUUUGUGAGUUUGUGUGCGUUUGUGCUUUUAAUUACAGUCAGAGAGCAGAGUCAUGUCUACGGCUGUCUGGAGCUCCCACAUAGAGCUCUGGUUCUGAUGGUUUGCUGCUGGAGGAUCUAUCCUUUUAUGUCCCUGUCUUACAUGCAUCUUAUGUGCUUUUUAAUGAGGUAAGACAAAACCAGCUCUGACCCCUUAACACAUGCAUGAAUUGCCAUAUUUUAUGAGUUCAUAUUUGCAUAGUAUAGAGAUCAUUAUCCAAUUUCACCUCCCAUGUUCAGAUAUGCAUUGGAGCCUGUGUAUUUCAUUUUAGAUUGUAAUCUGAUUGAACGGAAAGUUUGGGAAAAGAAAGAAAAGGUGCUGUCACUGCAAUCAGAGGUCACAUUGUGAUAUAGAAGUGGGUACAUUCUGUAUGUGGUAUGAAAUGCAGACCAAAUGUAUGCAAUGGUUACAUAAUACGGCCAUAAUGCCUGUAGAUCUAAACAGUACAUUAUCAUUAGGAUGCAUUAUUGUUAUCUGCCAGUAAAGCCUUUAAAAUCUGACCUAAAAUAUUUAUAUUGGCCCAAGGGAAUAUUUCUAUUUACAGGCUAGCCUGAUACAAAUGAGACAUUUUCAGGUGUAACUUUUGGAAGUGUCAUUUAAAGCUCCUACAAGGAGUUUUUUUACAUUUAUAAAAUAGACUGGAAGUCAUUUGGAUGUCUUGUCAUGCCAUCUACCAGCAAACAAGACUAUUAGGGAUUAGAUUAACAAUCUGUGUCAAUUGUAUUGCUAAGGGCAGAGCCAGCCCAAGCCUCAAUAGGGCUUUAUUUUAGUUUUUACAAUAAUAUAUGUUUGAUCAUACGGAAAACAUCACUCAUGCAUGCAAAUUUUAUUUUAUUUUUUUUAAUGUUCUUGGGGGCCCCCUAUUGGCCGCAGGGCCCUUAGCAGGCGCUUAGUUCGCUUAUGCCUUGGGCGGGCUCUGUGCAAGGGGCUGGGUGUCACCUGAGCAGCUGAAGAAAAAGCCCUGUUUGUACAAUUUAUACCUAAAAUAGUCAAGAUAAAUGAGACAUUUGACCAUUAAAAGUCAGCAGAACGAGACAAUUUGUCAAAAGACAUGACUUGAGCAUCUAAAAGACAACAUAAGCAAUAUCUGCUGUGUCCACAGGGGGCGCCAAAGAUGACACAAACAUAAACAUAUUACCUGUGACUUAGAUGUAAGUUAAUUUCUUUCUGUAAGUAUUAUAUCUGGUGAAGGUUAAAGAAGUGGAAACACACAAAUGAUCAGAGUAGGCAUGAUGAUACAUUUAGUAAGCACACACAAAGACUUGAAUGUAUCAGGAUGUGGUUGGAAAAAAAUGUGCAAAAACCAAAAGUGGCUUCCUCAGAUGGACAAAAACAGAUGGAUAUUGGCAAAAGUUGGUCUGUGAUUGGCAUAUUUACUAAAAUAUACCACAUAUUACAAACCCUGGCUUGUUCUAGAGAGAUUACUUUAAGUUAAAGACAAAUGAAUAUCUAUGAUAAACGACCACAUGUAUAAGUUUAUCUUUUUACAUUCUCAUUGCAAGCACACCUCUGGCUUGGAUUCCUAAAAUAGCUGCCCUUAUGUUACAAGUCAAUAGUUAAGCUUUGUUUGUCUUUCAGGCUCGAUUUCUGAGUCGAACUCUCAAUAAUCCAAGCCCAGCUAAAACCUCCCCUCCGUCCUUACAUCAGCAGCUGGACUCUCUCUGCUCUCUCCAUUUCUACACGCUGAGCCUACUCCCUCCUCAGCAGCCUAACCAAUGAGUUUGUGUGGAGGAAAAAAAAUGAGAAUCAAGCAGUGUGUUAUUAUGGGAGAGGAUUAAACAAGUGUGUUUGAGAGUGAGGAACAACCACAGGUAGGAAGUGAGUUUCUUCUUUUCUGAACUUGACUGUCAGUGAAGAUGAUUGUUGUUGUUUUUGUUGAGGAUUCAGCGUGAAUUCUCAAUGACAGACGCUGUUAUCAAAGUGGAAAGAAAAACGCUCAACCUGUCGUGUAAUUCUGGAAAAUAUCGUGUUCACAGAUAUGCAGUAGAGUUUAUUUAUUGUACUGGAAUAUUAACAAACAGUGCAGGGCGAUUUCCUGUAUCGUGUUUUUUUAAGUGGAAGUGUGAAAUCGGCGCUUUUCGCUCUUACGCGGACAUGUUGCUCUCCACAGAGGAUUUUUCUUUCUUUCUCUUCUUUUUUUUUUUUUUUAAGUGUAACUUUUACUCGGAUCGUGCAACAUAACCUCCGAGCGUGAAUGUAUUUACAGCACCGAGCUGGUUCCAUGUGAGAUUGAUGAUUCUGGGUCACAUCUGGUCCCCUGGUUCCCCAGCUGGUGAACAAUCCGCGGGCGCUGUCCGCGGUGCUGAAAGCCAAACGCACAGCGCGCUGGUUCAUUUGUCUCCUAAGAAUGCGACACUUGGAGUUAAAAAAAAUCAAGCUGGGAUAGAGAUUCAACACACCACCCACUCACCAACCAGCCGCCUUCAAACUCACUUACCUUUCAAGAACACUUAAGGGGGUCAGAAACUCUUGGCUAAAGGACACUUUAUCAGGGUGGAUACCCUAAACAGCUCCAACUAAGUCCUUCUCUUAGUGUUAUGUUCUCACCUGAUCAAAAAGAUUAGGUAACACUUUAAAUGGAUAGUUUAUCAAUGUUUAAUCGUCAUUUAAAAACAGCAUAUAGACCAUUUAUAAAUGACAAAUAGAUAGUUUAUUAAUGUAAGUUGAUAGCAAUGAAAUUAUGAUUAAUAAUUUUCAUUAAUUAUUAAUGGACUAUUUAUUAAAGGUUUAUAUAGGGUCUAAAUAUUGGUUGUAAAACAUCUAGAUUAAAAUGUGUGUCAGAAGCACUUUGUAAAUGGUUAAUAUUUGGGUUUUAAACCAUCUAUAAACAUUACCUAGUUGGUUAUUGUAAAGUUAGUGUUAGGUUUUUAAAAUUGUCAAAUGUACAAUUGAUUAAUGGUCUAUAUGCUAUUUAUAAAUGAUGAUUAAACAUUAAUAAACUAUGUGCUUACCGUUCAUAAAUCGUCUAUUUACCAUUUAUAAGUUGUGGUUAUUGUGUAUAAGUGUCACCAAAGACUAUUUGCCACGUCUGCUGGAUCACUGUUAUUAUCAACCACUUACAUUUAAUUUUAUUUACCUCUGUCACGAAGAGAGGAAAAUAUUAUUUUGGAUUGAAUAACAGGAUAUUUUUCCACCCUGUAUUUAAGGACUGAAUCCAGAGUUAGAAUAUCAUUGUUGGUAGAAUGAUAGUCAAGUCCCUGUUUCUGUACCUGUGGAUUAAGUUGUGGUUUUACACCUUCCUUGUUAAAUAAAGAGCAUUUACAAAGAUGUAGAGAGUAUCAUAUUAGUCUAGUCUGAUCUAGACUUCUAAAAGAACAAACCCCCCCUCUUCAUCUCCUGCUUCUCAUCAUUACCGAGGUGAGAUGAUCCUCCUCACCAGGGGAUAUCUCAGACAGGCAGUGAUAGCAGUUUGAGUUUGCGUUGCUCCCCUGGGACUCAACAGGAAUCUCUCUUCUUUUUUGUGUCAUAAGCCAAAAGAGCCUGCCUCCUGCGAGUGUGCCUCAUCUUUACUGAGCCUCCUCUACCCAUCACUAAAUUUACACGUCCCCUUGGAGCCGCCGCCACCUCCACCAUCCUCACACCGCUCCCACUGCUCCACUGGUUGGCAGCUCCUCUUGCCCUGAGCCAGGAUGAAUGACGUUCAGGAGGCCACCUCCCCUGCGACCAGCCUCAGCGGCCCGGCUACCUGUGUUUCCAAAGUGGAGCUGCGAGUGUCUUGCAAAGCUCUUCUGGACCGAGACACAUUGAAUAAGUCAGACCCCUGCGUUAUACUCAUGGUACAGACCAACGGGCAGUGGACAGAGGUGAGCCCCCCUUUUUUUCCUUUCCAUUUGACAAAUGCUAGUUUGACCUAAUUGGACGAAUUCUGCGAGUUGCUGCAUGAAGAUUUUAAAAAUUAAUUCACCAUCCUUUAUUCAUCUCCCUAUCUGUGCAAAGGGUUGUCAUAUAUAUAUGUAGGAGUUCAAAUUAUUGUAAUUACAGUGUUCUGGGGUGAUUGGUUGCAUAGCAGGGAUGUGGGGAAUCUACACUUGGCCAAACCUCCUCCCAUAGUCCUUUUUCUCAAAUCUGGAAAAACAACUCAUAAGAUGAUGUAUUUAUCUUUUAAACAGUGCAAAGUAUUCUAUAUUGGUUUCACACAAGAUGAAAAUCCAAGAACCAAAUCUGUCGAUGGUUCAGUGAACGUGAAGGAAUUUUUUAAUCACCGUGGAAGAGAUCAGGGCUAAAAACCACAGCUGUCUGACACUUUUUACUGUGUGCUUUGAGUGAUUCUGAUUGUCUUACUGUAUUUAACUCUGUUGGUCUUCAAGCUUGGACAAACACCCAGCUGCUGAAACGAAGUGUGUAGAUUUUGGCUCCAGCAGUAAAUGUUUACUUUCUUGGAUGGGUCCCCAAGCUGAUCUCGAGCACAGGCAGCAGGUCUCUCACUUCCCUGUUAAUUAAGCUGUUUAGUUCAUGAGGGAGCGCCAAAGCACAGGUCUCCAUUAAGUAGAGGAUUUGUUCAAAUCUGGCGGACAAUGUCUAAUUAUAAAGAUUUAUUUCCCAGAAACCUUUCAACCGAUAAAAACCAUCUUUUUAUGGGAGGGAAACUGUACAUCUGUCCUCGAUUACUGCCACAUUGGAGCUGCUUGUUGAGGAAGCACAGUGUUGAGUUUGGGCUUCAUGAACGUGAAACACAGACGCUAUUAUGUGGCAUGUGAUGAUAAAAGCACUCAGCUGACGGUGUGAAGCACACAGCAUUUAUGGAUUUUUCUUGGUUGUAAGUAGGUUGUUACAUGAGAGGACUGACCUGGGUUCAAUGUAGCAUAUAUUAGUGGCUAUUUUAAGCCCUGCUUACUGAGGCCAAUGCAUAUAAUGAUGUCAGAGGGUCUAUCUAUCUAUCUAUCUAUCUAUCUAUCUAUCUAUCUAUCUAUCUAUCUAUCUAUCUAUCUAUCUAUCUAUCUAUCUAUCUAUCUAUCUAUCUAUCUAUCUAUCUACCUUCCUACCUACCUACCUACCUACCUACCUACCAUCCAUCCAUCCAUCCAUCCAUCCAUCCAUCCAUCCAUCCAUCCAUGUCAUUCAUUUAUUCCUCCAUCUAUCCAUCCAUCCAGUUAGUUAUUCAUUCAUUCUUCCAUUUAUCCAUCUAUCCCAUCCAUCCAACCAUCCAUAAAUUCAUUCAGUUAUCCAUCCCAUCCAAUCAUCAAUCAGUUAUCCAUCAUCCAUCCAUCCAUCCAUCCAUCCAUCCAUCCAUCCAUCCAUCCAUCCAUCCAGAGAUCCAUUCAUUCUUCUAUCUAUCCAUCCAUCCCAUUCAUCCAACCACCCAUCAAUUCAUCCAGUUAUCCAUCCCAUCCAAUCAUCAAUCAGUUAUCCAUCCAUCCAUCCAUCCAUCCAUCCAUCCAUUUCUUUACAUCAAGUUCAAUGUUGAGAAUAGUUCAAAGAUUAGGGUUUAUGGAGCAAUAAUUCUUUUUCUGAUUUUUCUUUCUUUAAAAAUGACUCAGCACAUAUCGGUUUUGCUCAUCAAACAAACGGCUAGUUUAUGAGAUUUGAUUCACUGGGAUUUUACUGCCUCAUCCAGCUCAUUACUGUUCAAAUCAGUAAUCAUAGUUGCGUAAUUUGCCUUAAAAGCGCUGGAAAUCCAAAUUUUAAAGGUUUUAAAAAUGUAUUUAGGAGCAAUGUUGAACAUCUAGGCUGUUCUUUUUUUUUUUUCCAAAGUGGGAGUCCUGAACCCUCAGGGAUGCACAAGAGGGUGUGAGGGAAGGUUGUUUAAAGAGAUAAAAAUGAACAUCCAGACUGAACAGAACUCGGCUGCAAAAGAGCCACAAAGAUGAAAUAUUACCUCGGCAUUGGAAACUUUUUGGGAUGAGCUGGCAUUCAUAAAAUAGCUAUACUGUAUGUGUUAAGAAUGGUUAUGAUGUAGCAGAGAAUUGGUGUCGGACUGUUUACAAAUGAACGAGGAAACAAAUCAAUAAUUGUGAAAAAGCUGUUGAAAUGUGAAAUAUUUGAAGAAGUAAAUUUUGACAUUUGGGGUACUUGUCAUUGCAAAGUUUGGGACCUCUGAUCUGAACAGUGUAAUAAAUUGGUUUCAAAACUGACUUUUUGACAUUUAAGUCCCUGGAAACUUAAAUGCCAUUUGGUAUUAAUAGGGCCUGGCUACCCUUGGAUAUCUAGUAUAGACAUUAUAUAAUUAAUUCCACUAACCAAUCACGAGAAAAAGCCAAACGUCAGCUCUUAGAUUGUUUAGAUACUAAUGGCUGCUUUUUGUGUGUGUCAACCAUGGUUGUCUGUGUUUGAAUACCAUUAGCCUGUGGUUUUGUUGAUUUAUGUUUGGUGGUGUAUGUUGAGCAUUUUUUAGGAGAAGUGUCAGUCAUUUCACAUUGCAUUCAAAACAAAAAAAACUAAAAGGGGCAUCUCGACUAAAGUUACAAGUCCAGAAAGUUCACAUUUUGAAAUGGUGAAACAUUUAAGUAAAUUAAUGAUUUUCAGAUGACGGAGCUCCUUCAGCCUCUUGUUCUCAUACAGACAACUCAAACAUAUCAUCUAGGGCUGCAAGAAGCUGAUUGUCAUAUGCAUCGUUGUUGUGUGCAGAGGCAGGGAGCUGUCAAUCAACAUGUGUCUGCCACGCCCACACAGUCUUGAGAAGAGGCUGAGCGGCAAAAUGAGCUGUUUCUUAACCAGCUUUUCAAACAGUCCUGAACAUGAAUCCUCGCUCAGAUUCUCUUUUCACUGAUUUCAUACUCGUACACUUUCAGGGAAAAUUCACAGUCGCUGUUGAGGAAGGCUUAGACUCUUGUGGUAGUUAUAAAAUGGCAUAAUAUAGUACUGCUACUUUUAAUAAUGUCGAAGAUGUUUACUUCUUACACUGCUGUCUGUAUCUCUCUAUCUGACAGUGCUGACAGUGUACACAGGUUGUCCAAUCCUCCGCUGUCAAUUCCCUCAGCACUGGGAUACACCACUGCAAAUUGUUUACUUACGUCAAUAACUGAGUAAGAGGCUGAGCCCACUCAUAUCACUGCCACCCUUCCCUCUGUUCUGAGCUCUCACUUGUACGGCCUCUGCUAUUUGUUGAACUGCUUAAUGUCUUUCUUGCCUUUUUUCACCAUCUGAUCUCUUUCGAGGAUAAAUGCAGAAGGAAAAUGAAUGGAUUAUUAUUUCUUUUCUACUGCAAUUUUCGCUUUUUGCAUAAACUGGACUCUCCGUGAUGAUGAGUUUAUUCAUACCUAUUUGUUGAUAGCUUACUUGAGUGAGGGCCUCCGUGUGACAGAUACAGCUCAACAUACCUGGCAGCGCUGAUGAGAGAAAGCUUUAAUUUUCCAUGUCAGGAAACUCUCUGUAGUCCUUGCCCCACACCAACAACAAACAGGCGUCGUAGACUUUAGCACCACCUAUCCUCCAUAGCUCUGAUAAGCUUUCAUCAACAAACAGACUCUUCAGACUCAUUCCAAAUCUGUCCAUCCAGAUGGCACAAAUAGAGGAGGAGACGGCAAGCAAAGACAAUAACGAGAGAUGGAAAUGAAUGGAGCUGAGGGAGAUGAGUCCAAGAUGGAGGCUCUUUACUUUCUUUGUGAUGUUUGCCUUAGUGAGAUAAAAACAAAAGAGAAAUAAUUAUUAGAUUUAUCGUUGUUUGCAUAUUACAAAAGAGGAAAAGUGGAGCAGAUGCUCAAAAACUAGAUCGUUUAUCUAUCCAGAACCAUGACAGGGUUAUUUUCAACUCUGUAAUGUUUAUCUCUUUGUUCAAGCAAAUACAAAUGUGACAUGUUUUUUAAUUUGAACAAACCAAAAUUUGAAUUGCAUAUUGAUAAAAGCCAAAAAAAAUGGAUAAUGGCUCAACACUUUCAACCCUGUUGUGCUGAAUGCUUAAAAGCAAAAUUGAAAACAACAGGAGCAGGACAGCAGCCCAAUUAAAAUGUUUAUUCAUGCAUGAAUGUUUUGGGCAGACGUCUGUCCUCAGCAUAGAGACAGGCAGUUGCAUGAAUACUCAGAAUUACAUUAAACAGGAGGAUGCUUUAUGCUACUUUUCCUGGUGAAACCAACAAAGAAAACCAUUAGCAAAUAAAAUAUGAGUGGAAAAUAAUGAAGAUGCUUGCAUACAGGUGGGAGGUGUGUUUUCAGCACAGUUUGGAUAAACUUGUCCCAUUAUACAGAGCACUCUCUGCAGAUCAAUAGAAUCACUUCAAUCCGGUGAUGAAACGUCUCUUCUGUGACAGGACUGCUCUCUUUCACAAUGAUGAAAGAUGCCCCAGCUCAAAGAGAACAAGGGGUCAGUGAAUGGUUUGAUGAAAUGUUGUUAAUUAUGUUUUAUUGCCCCUCACCCUGCAAGAUUUGAUGCCUGUUGUACACCUAUGGCAGUUUUUGGAGCAGCCUUCUUAAAGUCCCACUCUGAUUGUUUUUUUGUUUUGUUUUUUACUACGUACAGUGUUAUCAGUGGUCUUUAAAUUGUUAUUAUGAAGUUUUUUUAAACUAAAAAUGCGUUACCUGUGUCGUUUUCAAGGGUUUUUCUUCUGCAGAGCUCCAGUAGCUCAUUAGCAAUUUGCCUUUGAGUCGUGGGCGGAGACAGCGCUGUUCUGUACACUUGUCUUCACUCUAGCUUGUAGCCUAACAUUGCCGGUGUAGUAGAAGUGGCAGGUAACAUAGGAGCUAUUCGGCUCUUGGACACUAUUGCCUUUAGGGACAUGAUGGAAGCGAAUUUCAUAAUUAGCUUUUUUACGAGUAUUGCAAUCUGCUAACGCACACACUUAUUCUGCGAUCGUCCUCUCUACUUCUCAGAGUCUGGCCUACACUGCGUGGCUCCGGGGGCGGAGCUUGAAUUGGUUACAUAUGAAAUCUCACUUUUCCUGAACCUGCUGAUUGGGUCUGCCAGAGAUUCACAGUGAUUUGAAAGCAGAAAUACUCGGAAAAGCAAUUUCACAUUUAGUUUUCUCUUGAUAUGUCCUGUAGUAUCAGAAAAAUGCCAUACUGACAUGUAGACAACAAGAAAAACAUGAUUUUCAUCAGAGUGGGUCUUUAACGAGUGCUCACUAAAACAGCAACUAAAAGGAUACACUAGGAAAAGUGGUGUCAGUUCCUCCAGCUGAGUUCAUAGACCUAUAUGCUAAGAAGUACCCAGGUUUUAACGAUGACAUUUGGCAAAACAACCUCUAGAAGCAAGAACAUUUUACAAUAAAGCAAGGAGACUUGUCAAAGAUGAAGUUUAAGAAAAGCUGUCAUAGAAAGAGGUUGAGAUGAAACAGUCCUUUUAAAAAAUGGAAACGACAGAGCACAGAAAAAGAAAAGGCUGCUUUGGAGAGACAUUCAAACACGGCUUUUUACCUUUUACAAAGCAGACUGAACAGCUAGAGGUGGUUGGAUAACAACUUAGUGGAGAGGAAGCUGCAGAAAUUGCUGCAUGAAGUCCUUUCCAGUUCUAAUGAGAAGUGCAGGGAGGGGGUUGCAGGUGCUGUUCAACCAUCAUACAAUGGAUUUGGUUUCCUAGAGGCGGAAUAAAAGGGGUUCCAAUAUUGCUUUCUUUUCCAAUAUUACCAUCAAGUCUUGUAAAAUGAGAAAAAUCUCAUUACGAAUCAGAUAAAUGUAAUUACUUGGAGCCUGUAAACUCAAUAAAUCUUUAGAUCAGCCAAUGAGUUGCAUGAAAAUACGCUCACAAAAACAUACUUGCUCAUAUUUUUUAUUAGUUCUAUUUCUUUGAAUUGUUUGCUAGCAAAAGCUUUUAUUUCUGUUGAUGCUUAUUGCAAUGAUUAUUUCCCCCAUUACAUAAAUACUCAGUGGGUUUACUUGAAGACUGCUGAAAACCUAUAAAAAUAGAUUUGAGCUUGGACACUGUGACAGAAAAAAAACUUGUGCCUAAGCGUGGGACGAUGAUUUGGAUGACCGUUGAAAGACAGUUUUAGUUGUUAGAAAAAAGCCAUUUCCUUUAAAUGUAAUCUCUAAUUCAUUGUCAGUGCAUCAUUCUUUAAAGCUAAAAUUAACUCAUGUAGACUUAUUUUUGAUAAUUACUGGUCCCUGUGAUAAAUUGGGCACUAUAUAUAUGACCGUAGAUCUUGUGUGGGAGCUAAAUCCUACAUGAUGAGCUGACGGUGCCUCAGUGAGCUCAGCUUUUCCCUGUCAGCCACUAAAAGACACGCAUGGGUGCUGUGAUUAAACAUCUGAGACCUCCAAUCUUCUCUCAUAUCAUCCUCUUGACAGAAUACAUUAACAUUUACUCCUCUGUGUAUAUUGGAGUACUCCUAAAAUACAACAGAACUGUUUUAAAAGCUUCUCUUUCCUGUGAGAUACUACUGCAGCAGUCCUCAAAGAAAGGCUUACCUCUGCAAGGUCUUGUCUUGCGUUCGAGGUGAAGGUUUGACUCUUGUGCGUUAUGUUUUUUUCUCAGCUGGACAGGACAGAGGUGAUCAAGAGCAACUUGCACCCAGUCUUUGCCAAGGUUUUCUCAUUGGACUACUACUUCGAGGAGGUCCAGAAACUGCGAUUUGAAGUCUAUGACAUCCAUGGCACUCACAGCAUUGGGACCCGAGAUGACGACUUUCUGGGUGGGGUGGAGUGCACUCUCGGCCAGGUAGGAACUUUUUACCAGUUACCCAACAUUUAUGUUUGUUUCAUCCGGCAUAAAUCAUGUUAACUCACUCCCUUCUGUCUGUUGUGUUGGUAGUAAAGAUUCCCUCCAAAUAUACCUACUGUAUAUUUACUCUGUGAAACUGCACAGUGAGCUAUGGAUGUUUAUCACUGGUGCUGAUGACUCAGAUCCCUCUUCUCUCCUCUUACUGCUGAGGUCUGAAAGCCAACAUUGUGUUUAUGUUGCUCUUUGCAGAUUGUGGCCCAAAAGAAGAUGGUGAAGCCUUUGUUGCUGAAGUAUGGGAAAUAUGCCGGCAAAUCCACCAUCACGGUAGGCUACACUGUGCACAUUAGUGUAUUGUUGUGGUGGCUGAAAUUGUCUGAUUUGCUUGACAUAAUUGAAGUGGAUGAGGCCACUAAUGGCCAGCAAAGCUAGGUAAAGUACUGGCUGUCAAAUUGAUGGGUAAUAACAGAAAGAAACCUGUCUCCAGUGAUUUUUUCUAGGCCUACAUCUGUUCACUAUUAGGCAUCAUUUUGGGCUUCGAUUCUGAUAGCUGUCUUAUUUUCUUUUUUCCUUUCUUAUCUGAUGUGAUUAGGAAAAUUGAGCAAGUAUCCAGCAGCAUAAACAGUUUAGGAUGAUUUAAUAACUUUCAGAAAAUAUCAUUUGUUGCAAUUACAGUCAUUUAAAGUAAUCAUCCUGUAUGAAUACCUUUUAUAUCCUGUAGCACCCGUUUUGGUGGUAUUUCAAACCAUUUCUAGAAGGUAUACCAGUACACCCAGGAAGCAGACAACUCUGUAUGUAAUGAUGCAUACAUCAGAAUUUACAUAAAGAGAGGAGAUGUUGGUUCAGUAACCACCAUCCCACAGCUAACAUGUGUGAGGGGGAGCUAUAUAUGAAACAAGACAAUAUUGAUUCAGUGUGUUAGGUUUCCAGCUGGUCUGCAGAAUAAAGGCAGCAAUAUUGUCUUUUUAAUUAUAUACAGUAUAGGAUGUGGACAUAACAGGCUUUGGACUCUAUAACACAACCAACUGUAAGUGGGAGGGAGCUUUUCCCCCUCAUCACUGCAAACAGAGCCGACCCAGCCUGAAAUUUGAACUCCUCUGUGCUGCAUGGGAAAAGUUAAAGACAAACUCAUCCAUUUUAAAUGGUUAUAGUUUCAUCUUUUGCCAGAUUUUACACCAGCUAGAGCCCACAGCAAAGAGCCUUUCUAAGGUCUGCCAGAUAACUCUGAGUAUUCACACAGGGGGAUUUCGGACCAUCUCCUUUAACAAAUAUAGAGAGUACAGUGCAUCAUUCAGAGCUUUAUAAUGCUAAACCCUCAUCCAGCAUGUAGCUGCUACCCACACACACUGACACUAAAACGUCUCUGUUUGUUUGUUUGUUUUUUACUGCAUUUAAAAUACUGUACCAUUUGCUUCUCCUCUGCUCACUGUACCCUUAUACAGUAUGUGUUUAUACUUUGAUUGUAUCCAUGAAUACAUCUGUAAAUAUGCUAUAUGUACAGGGAUGAAUAGAUGACCAGUUUUUGUGAGUGAGAAAACAAGCACAGACACAUUUGGACAUUUGUUGUGUUUAUUUAUGAGAACUCUUGUGGGCAUGAUGCAUUUCCUAAGUGUUUACAAUAAACCUACCAGGGGUCAGUUCUAAGGAUAAUGAGGACCUCAGGCUCGGCUGUGAAAUGAUUGAAAAAAUGGAUGCCAUUCAGUGUUCUUAUGGAACUGGGGGAAAGAGCUAGGGUGGCAGGUUUGAAUAAGAUUGGGUAAACACUCAUAUCAUCACCACAAGCAAAAAGGUUGAUUCUGUUUUAUAACACUAGUCAUAAGUACACACAUUGAGAGAGCAAUUUGUGUUCUUGUAGAUUGUCGAUUCCAUCUGAAUAAAUGUGGAUCCCUCAAUUUAUGUUGACUUUACUGCUUAUUGCCAGAAGGAGCAAAUAUCUCAGCACCGCAGUGUUCCUGGGUUUUUGUUUUAAACAGACAGCUUAAUCGCUACAGAAACCAGUCCCUCAGAACUCUUGACCUUCACUUCAAUAACUAUUUGGUCAUUAACGUCAUUAUCACUAUCAUGAUCAUCCUCAUCCUCCUUCUCAUUAUCAUCAUUUUCACAUCAUUAUUCCAUUUAUUACAAUAACCUCAUGAUCGUUAUGAUCAUCAUCAUUAGUAGAUCAAAAUGACAUCAUCAUCAUUAUUAUCAACAUCGUCAUCAACACCAUUAAAAUCAUUACUAUCCUCAUCAUGUUUAUUGUUAUUAUGACUACUAAUAAUCAUUUUUGUCACCAUUAUGAUGAUCUUAGUAAUCAUCAUCAAUAUUAUCAUCACCUCUAUCAUUAUAAUCAUUGUCAUCGUUAACAACAUUAUUUACUUUAUCGUUACAUCAAUAACAUCAUGAUCAUUAUUUACUUUAUCAUUACAUUACAUCACUAACAUUAUAUCAUUAUUUGCAGCAGACAAAACACCGUCAUCAUUAUAAUUAUCCUUGUUAUCAUUUACAGCAGCAGCAGCAUGAUUAUCAUCAAUUACAGUAUUAUCCCCAAUGCUAUUGCAAUAUUCAUCAUCAUCACAUGAUCAUUAUUUUCACAUGAUCAUUGAUCACCAUGAUUGUCAUGACCAUCUUCCUCCUCAUCAUCAUCAUAAACAACAUCAUCAUUAACAUCCAUAACAUUAUUAUCAUCAUCCUUCUUACCAUAAUCAGCAGCAUGGUCAACAUCAUGGUCAUCCCCACCUUUAUCAUCCCCAUUAUCAUAAACCUCAUCAUUCUCAUUUUCACAAGUGAAACCAUCAUCACAAUAAUCAUCAGUAUCACCAUCCUGACCUUUGUCACCAUCAUCAUCAUUAUCACCAUUAUCAUUGAUUCCCUAUUGGCCUUGUCAUUAUUAAAUAAUUUGAACAAAUCUUGCUUUUUUAGCACUGCCGUCAUCAGCAACAUUAUUGUAUUGUAUUAUUAUUCACCCCUUUUAUCAUAAAUAUCAUCCUCAUUUUUGUUAUCACUCUCAUCAUUAUUGAUAUGGUCAAAACUGCCAAAUUUUCCUUGAUUUCCUUGUCGAGGACGUCAUUUUCAUUAUUGAAAUCAUUUAAACGAUUUAAACCUUUUCACCAUUCGUGUUUUUUUUAAUUCUCUACUGUUAUCUUCACCAUCCUCGGCAUCUUCGUUGUUGCCAACAUAAUUUUCGUCUUUUUUUUUAAUUGAACAAUUAGCUUUUUAAAACAAAUUCAUUAUCCUAAUUCUUAAAUCAUUAUUUUCUUCAUCACCAUCAUCCCUCAUUUUUUCCCCCAUUCUUAUAUCAUUAUAAUAUUUUUAUCAACAUCACUGCAAUCAUCAUUGACAUCAUUAUCUUUACCCUGUCGACUAUCCUUCUUUUGCUUCACAAAAUUACAGGCAGUGAAUUGACAGCAAAAGUAAUCUUCAUCAUCCUUAAAAUAAUCAUCACCAUCCUUUAUAACAUUAUCAACAUUAUCUCAACCCUGACCUGAACCCUUAAAUCUGUCAUCGUUUAAAAUUUCAACCUUUCUGGUGGUCUCUAUUAUACAUGUCUUCACAGGUGUUGUAGGAACACAUCUCUCUUGAAAGUAUAUAUUUUCAUCUCAUUGAUAUCUACAAGAUUGAAUCAGAUUUUAUGGAAAAACACACUCAUAGAAAAAUACAAGCUCACAGAGACAGAGAAUUGCACAGGCACACCUUUUGCCCACACCUUUCAUAGAGAUUUCUCUGCUCACUUGGCACCUGUCAAGGCAGGCUGACUGAUAAAAAGUACAAGUUUCCUACUUUGCCAAUCAUCACUGUCAAGCUUUGUCAGACGAUGGCCACGCUCACUCUACAGCUGCAGAUCUGGCUGUCUGACAUACGUUCCUGUCUGUUCAAAUAUAGAGAGAGAGCAAACUGCUGUUUUCCAAGAGCCAGACAGCCCAGCAGACCAUGUUCACUGCUUCUAAAAAAAUGACAAUUCUGACCUUUUCUUUUCCAGUAAUCUCAGAAAUAUGCACCAGACAUUAAAACAGAAAGGAGUUGAAUGUUAAAAUUGAAAUGAUAAGCUGUAAUAGUGGAGGCUUAGUGGUUAGCAGCUAAUGGAGCUCUUUACUUGGACCGGUUUUAAUGGUUGCAAUUCUGAGUUAAGUAAAAGCCAUCUCACUUUAACUGCUUGCCAAAGUGCCACAGCGAUAAUAGUUAAACCAGCUCUUUGCAAGGGAAGAAGAAAGGUGCGCUCGACAAAUACUUUCUUCAUCAAAUGCCUCCAUUGAGUUCGUGUUUUAGACGGCGAUACAUGACAGAUUAUGUUUGUGUGAAGGGUUUACCUGAUUAUCUCUUUGGAGAGGGAGUCUAUGUGUCAGAGUGACGACUAUCAAAAUGUUAGACUUUUAAAUAAAAAAGGACAAACAGCAAUAUUACAUGAUGGCAAACAUAUCAGUAAGUAUAAUUUUUCAAAAAAAAAAUCACGUUUUAAUUUAAAUUUUCUUUUCUUUCAGGUGCACGCUGAAGAAAUAUCUGGCAACAACGGAUAUUUAGAGCUCUCCUUCUGUGCCAAGAAGCUGGAUGAUAAGGUGAGGGGAAGACACGGAUCUGACGGAAAUAGCAACAGAUUUCAUGAUGUAUCAUUACAUACAGUAUGUUUUGAAAGCAACAGACAAGGAUUAUAGUGGAAGUGAUACGAUCCUUUUGAUACUACACAGCAGCCUCAAAGUCACCGACAAUGCAGCAGGAGCCUUGUAGCGAUGCAUAUGUGAGGGAUUAUAUCAUAAUUCAGUAGUUAAUCUGUAUUGGAUUUAAUGUUAAAGCAAGGAUAUAGUAAUAAACAGCAUGAGCUUGAGAGUUCCUGUAUGUUCCUGUUCCUAACUUCCUAUACAUACAUUUUCAAUGAUGAUUUAUUUGUAGAUACUAGUCUCUACUUGACCAUUUAACCUUUAAAAUCACCAGAGUGUUUACAGUGGUUGAGUUUCUACGGCCCCUUUAAGGCUGAAUAUCACUGACCUUAGCUGCUCCUGCUCUCACACUGUCAAAGUUUGCUGAAGGCGUAUUUCAAUCAAAAAGACAGCAGGAGCUUUCAUCCAGUUACAACACUGAUGAUCUGAACGCUCGCAUGUUUUUGGGAGCACGCUUUAGGAUGCCACACUUGCAGCCAGGAUGACCUUGAUUUCAUGUGCUCUUCAAUUUAAAUUCUGUCAAACAUGUUAAUUUUUUCAAGGUGCAGUUUGCACCUGCACUCGCUUCAAAGGGGAAAUGGAUUUCAUACAAAAGGGCAACUGAAAGAAACCGUGCUUUUUAUGCAUCAUCACCCCUACAUGUGAUAUUUGCUUCACAUGUCCAGCCUGCUGCAGAAAGAGGCAGAGCUCUUCUAUAGACAUCUCUGGGGUUGUUUUUUGAACUCACAUGACGUCUACUGGGAUUUCUCUACAGUUAAACAAACAGCUGUCACAUUUUGGACAUGUAAGAUGUGGAGAAAUGGUGUGUAAAAACAUGACCCACCGGGUCACUAUAGUGUGCAUGUUUUCACUUUGCCAGUCUAUACUUGCAGCAGACUCACCACAGAUUCAUUCAGGGUCACGCUUUAGGACCCACGGUGGAUGUAAACCCAAUAUUUGCUCUACUGUUUCCAGAAUUUUGUUCUCCAUCACCUACCAAAGUCACUGCUAAAUGUUCUGCCGUUUCAUUUACCAGUGAUUUCAAAGCAAACUUGCAGAAAUAUCAUAAAUAAUCAUUUAAAGAGGGAGAAAUACAUCCAUUUUUGAUAUUAUUUUUUCAUCUCUUGUUUGCAAAUACACGUUAUCAUCUUCGACUACUUAAUUCAUAACAACGAAGAGGUUAUAUGUAAGGUACAUUGUAAUUGUCAAGAGGUCAGAGUAACUUUCAAGAUCCUGUCGUGCUCGAAACUUGUUUAACACAAUUAUCUAAUUUCCCGUAGUAAUUAGAUUCCAUCAGCAAUCAGGUUCAUCACACACAAUCAUACAUUUUCUUUACAAUGCUAAUUAGCUGCGAUGGAUCUCUUGGGAGUAAUAAUUUAUCUUUCACACUCCAAGCAGAUAAGUGAAGCAGCAAACUCUGUGUAAUUAGCUUCCUGUCUGCUGUAUCACCUCUCAACCUGCAGUUAUUAUUGAAGGAUCCUGGUAUGGUCACUAAUGAACAGGAGGAUUUAUGAUGAUAUACCUCAAAUCGUGAUAAUUGGCAAUGAUUAACAUUUGAGUUAUUGUAAGUCUGGGAUUAAAUUUUGACGUUUGCGGGUCUGAUCAGUCAAUGCUGCCGAUGCCCCCGGAGAGCGGUUGCCAUAACAACAAAGAGAGGAUGCUACAGCUCUUUUGAUUGCGUCCCUCAGGAGAUGUAUCAGGCUAAUGUGGCGGGAAAUGCAGAAUUAACUGUCUCACACAAGCCCCCCGACACACACACUGGCCCUGGUCUUUAGCCACACACAGACACACACAAACUGACAAACACACAGUAAUUAUUUGAUUUCCUCCCUGAAGAAUCAAUUGACGUAAACAAUCAGUGCUCCUGUGCUCUCCAGUGCGUGUACUCGAGGCCCUGAGCAUCAUUUAAGACUUCCACAAAUAACCGUAAACUUUUCGAAAUCAUGCGUUUUACUUCAAUCAAGCAGAGCUUUUAACCAACACUGAUGGACACGGCCUCUUUUGAGCUGAUUCAAAUACAUAAUGGUAGAAACAACUAGUCAUUACCGGGCUGUUGAAGAUGGCCUUCUACACAAUGGAAGUAAUGCAACACCAGAGAAAGUGUAUAUUCUUUACAGGCUUUUAAACAAGUCGAGAUAUUACUGACGUCAGCGCAGAACAGGUGUCUGUUAAGAGAAAGACAGAGCUCAAGUAAAAGAGUUAGAAAAGAUAAAGAGUGGAAAAUGACAAAUUCACCUGUGACACAGAAAUGAACGAUUGCAGGUUUUUUAAAAUCAUUCUUUGUUCACUUCAUUAAUGAUGUCUCCUCUGAAAGAGCUCCCUGCUGUGCUGUAAAUGUUACGUCUGCUUCUUCCUGACCUUAAAUCACAGAGACAAUUACUUCUGCCUUUUUAAUCAGCUGUGAUUAAUCUGAGUCAGUGGCCGUCAGUAUUUCAUUUGACAGAGAACUGAUUUUUUUAUGUAAUAUGUCUGUUCUUCAUAAUCCUGAGCUAAAUAUGCAAACUUAAUCCAAAUUAUCAGCUCAAAAGUACUCAUCAUUGAUUAAAUCUUGUCCUCACUAGGACCUCUUGAAAGAGUAAGUCCAUGAAAGAAACUACAACGAGUAUUUUAACCUAUUUUUACAUUGUGAAUAAUUUACAUUAUUACCUAGCUAGUUAACUAAUGGCCUGGUUAAAUUAGAUAAUGGAUUCUGAUUGGUCAAAACCCUAGUGAUGAUCAUUAGUACUUCCAAAUACCUUAUUUAAUAUGAUCACACAUCACAUUCAAAUCAAAUCUUGUACAUCUGCUCGAGGUCUUGUCUCAUCCUGUUGGGAUCUUAUUCAGCAUGAAUGCUCGCACACUGUACAUUAUUCCUGACUUGAUUUAAAGAGAUUUUAGAGGGAGAUUCAAACAGAGUUUAACAGUGAAAUUUCAACCAUCAGUUUUGAUAUCUUGCUUUUCUCUGCAGGAUCUCUUCAGUAAGUCAGACCCUUUUCUGGAAAUUUACAAAAUCAAUGAUGAUGAAACUGAACAGCUUGUGCACAGAACUGAGGUAAAUUCAACCGCAUCCUCAUUUCUCUUUCAACAAUAGCAGCUGUGUCUACCACUUUGCCUCACAUAAAAUGUUUUCCUUUGCAAACAGGUGAUUAAAAACAACCUGAAUCCUGUGUGGGAGCCUUUCAAAGUGUCUCUCAUAUCGUUGUGCAGCUGUGAUGAAGACCGGAAGCUUAAGGUGAGGGGUAACAUUUAGUCCACAGCUGUAAAAGUAACAGAAAUUACUGACUCAGGAACUGUUUGUUUGGCUGAUUCAGUUGGAGUCAGAUUAACAAGAAAGCAUUUUGUGUACUUUGACAUGAUAUAUGGAAUUAUAAAGGGAUCAACAAGCACAGUAGCCACGUUUACAUGGGCAAAAUUUCUUGAUCCGAUUAAAAAUUUGAGGGAUCAGAUAAUCUGAAUCCACUGUUUAUAUGGGAGCAAAAUCAGCUUAUCCGAUCAUGACAUGCGUAUACAUGCGCUAAUCUUUAUUCAGAUUAGAAGCAUUUGGACAUGCGAAGCGUUGAAGAAGAAGAGUUGUAUUUACGCCUGUGCUGUCAACAAACCGACAAACGCCGUAGUAGCUCACUCCAUCUAGUUCAGGAGUUUUCCCUCUGUGAAAUGGUGUCACUAGAUGGCGCCCUUGCGUACUUAUUUUACUGUUGUGUCAAAAGUUGUACUGUGCGUGCAGAUGUGGCAUCAUUACGCUGUAUGUACGCCUUGUUAUGUUAUCAGAGGAGCAGACAUGGCACUUGCAGUUGUGUUGAUAAUGAAACCUCCUGUACUGACUCCAAUAAAUAAGCUAAAGAGUGAAGACUGAGUCAGGUCAGAGAGUCUCGAUCGGAAUAAGUGUUAACAUGCAUGCAUUUUGUAAUAACGAUCGGCAUAAACCACCCCUCUCGAUCGGAAUACAAUUUCUUGCCGAACGAGCCGAAUUGGAUCAGAAUCUUCUGAUCGACAUGUUUACAUGACGAAUUUUUAUUCCGAUCGGGCCUUUAGUCCGAUUAUUUGUGCCCAUGUAAACGCAGCUUGUGUGAAUAACCCGUGCAGACUGAAAAGGUUGUAAACAGCGCUUUGUGUGCAACAGUGCCUGGUGUGGGAUUAUGACUCCAGGGGGAAGCACGACUUCAUUGGCGAGUUCUACACGACUUUCAGGGAAAUGCAGAAAAUUUCCAGUGGAAAGGUCAGAGAAAAUCAUUGUUAAAACUCAUUCCAAUUGUUCUUCUUAUUCAUUCACUUGAAUCUAUCUAAAAGGGAGUAACUGCUUAAGAUAUAUCACCAAUAAUCACAAUUAUAAGUGUUUGUCUUUAACUUCUUCUCUGUCAGGUGAUGUGGGAUUGUGUGAAUCCAAAGUACAAACAGAAGAAGAGAAACUAUAAAAAUUCAGGAGUUGUCAUCCUCAGUGACCUUAAGGUAUGGAUCUGCCACAGAAAUCUUGUCUAUCUAUAAAAGGUAACGAUAUUUUCACUGUACAUCUCUCAGCUGGAUUCACCAGGGACAUCUUCAGCUCCCAUUGCUUUGACAAAAAUGUAUUGCAUUUUUCGAAGCCUUUAUAGUCAACAGAUUUGUUCAGUUAAUGAUGUUUUAAUGAACAGAUGCAUUCAUAAACAUUGCUGAAUAAACACUCUCCCAUCAAAACAUCCCCUCUGAGGUUUACCCUUAUAGAGAUGUUGUUUUAUUUUUUUUUUCUUGCAGCUCCACAGAGUCUACUCCUUCCUAGAUUACAUCAUGGGAGGAUGCCAGAUCCACUUCACGGUAAAUUUAGCCAUCUGCUUUUAAUAUUGCUUCACUCCUCUAUAAAUAGUGAAUAUAAAUAUGGUAGAUGACUUUUUGAGACAUGACAAAUGAGACUACAGACAAUUGAAUUUCCCUUCAGAGAUAAAUAAAGAUCUUAUUUUAUCUUAAGUGCCUCAGGAGAAUGACAUAUCCUAUAUUAUUGAUUAAACUAAAACUGUGAUAAAUACUUCAGAUAAUUACAAAUGGGGCCCAGUCCAUGUGAAAGUAAAAAGCAUUGGUGCUACUGUAGAUGCCAACAGACUACCAGCAAACACAAUGUUGGAGGACUUCUACAACUAGGAUAAAGUGACAUAGUCCAGAACCCGAGGUCAACAGUUUAGCGGCGCUACAACACGCUACAGCAGGUCCCGUUUGACAAGAAACACUUCUGUUACAGACACUUGGCUUACUUUGUUAAAGCGGUUUGCCUGUCCAGCAGAAAGUUUACAGGGUCCAUAAGAUCCCAAAGCAUUCCCCAUCGACCCAGCUUUUCAGCUCUUGUCCCGGACUACCUCUGUUUUAAGAGACCCUUAUUCCGCCAGAGUUUCUGGGAUUUACUUCGUUUUCUUGCUUGUGUUGGCAGUCGUGGCCAAAGGAGGAUUCAGACAAUUUUCAACACUUUGUGGUUGGUUUCUACUGUCAGAUAUCGUAGCACGCUAACUUUGUUUGGUCUCGUGAACUUAAUCAAGGAUGUGGAGCGUGCCUCACAACAUGAGGGAGCAGCGUCAGCCUCACAACCAAUCAGGUUGGGGGAGGCGGAGAAUAGCUAUGUUUUGCGGGCCGCUCAAAAAUGUUAAAAUGUUGACUAUGCAGACAUCACAAAACACAGCGAUAUCGUUAUAUUACCAAAUGUCAUCAAUAACUAAUAGCUGUUGACUGAUAUUAAAAGCUUUUUUGUAUAUACACCACAAAACAAAGAUGCUUCUUUAACAGAAUCCUGCCUCACCCACCUUUAAGUAGGAUUUAUCUUUACUGGUUCAUUAGCAUGCAAUAUGUUAUAAAAGUUCUUCAAAGUGAAACAAACAACAUGCAAACUUUUUUCAAGCAAAUACAGAAUUUUUAAAACUUAUUCUUUACUCAAUUGUUUAUCAACAUUUUACAGGGGGAAGUAGGUAAGGAAAUAGGUCAAAUUUUACUAUCAAAGUGUAACUGAAAUUAACAGUAGACAGAAAAAUCAAUUGACAACAGCAACUAUGUUUUUAAGUGUUUCUUUUCUAUGUGUUUCAUUUAUGGCUUUAAAGGAUGGCUUUGUGAUAAUUUCAAUUCAGUUUCAAAAUGAAAGUGCAGCUCUUAUUCCUCACUGACUUUUUACUCAUCAAACAAAGAAUCAACUUAUCAAGGACACUGUCGGCAUUAAAUUUUACCAAGUAUGGUCGUUGGUUGCUAUGGUGCCAGAGCUCACUUGAAAGAACCAGACCUGAAGUUUGUCUCCUGAUUUCAUUUUAGGGUACUCAACUGAAGGACAGACUUCAUAAAGUCACCGUUACAUCUGUAGAGUCCAACAGUGUCUGACAAAGAAUCAAAUUGUUCAAACUGCAUAUUUAAACAUGAAGAGAAAAGCUUUCUAACACAGAGAGAACCUGCAGCUAGGUAUGAUUUACUCUUUGGUCAACUACUUAGAAUAUCGCACUCCCCACCAGGCUGCUAAUACCUGCAGCCUUACUUUGUGUUAGUGAGAACAACUCCCUGAAUCACCAGGCAUUGUUAAAUGUGUGGGAGUGGGCAAAGAUGCAAUUAAAAAUCACUGUUGAGGUUUUUCCAUAAUGAUACGUGUUGAAUUUAAUGAUUAUCCCUGAGAAAAAUACAAUGGCCCUGAGGUGCAAAACAAAUCAGAAAACAAAAUGGUUAAUGUCUUCUGAUUUCCUGUUGUGUUUUCUCUUUUUGUGUUGUUUUCUUAUUUGUUGAUGUUUUGUCUUUUUUUGUGUUGUGUCUUUCUGAUUUGCCGUUGUGUUUUGCACCUCAGGGCCACCGUAGAAAAGGAUAUCUGUUGAGGUUAACAUAAGGAUUCCUGUCACAAUCGCAAACAUGUCGUAGUUCUGCUUUAUUCAUAUCAUUUGAAUUUGAUUAAAUUAUUUUUCAGUUGCAAAUGUAUGCAGUUCUUUUUAAUAUCAUAAUCAUGAAUUUUACCAGUUAGUAAAGAAAACCAUCAGACUUUAUACUGACCAAAAAUAUAGUUUUUCAUCAGAUUCCUAUAGAAAUAAUCCCACCUCCCACAUCUAUGUAAAAUCCAUCUUUAAAAUUAAAAGAGUAACGUUAUGAUAUAAUGUUUAAAGUAAAUACUUCUGAAUUAAGUUCCUUUCUUUCAAUCUGUUUCUAGUUUUAUCUACACCUGGGUAAUUUCACAUACGUUUAUGAGGUUUAAUACAUUUAAACCUUCCUCUCUACAUCGGUUCCCGGUAUCCCUCUCUUCACUGGCACUCUUUAAAACCCAUCUUAAAACUCACCUAUUUAGACAGGCUUUUAAUGUUCAGUGACAUUUGCCAUUUGCUAUGUAUUUGAUAGUUUUUGUAUUCUCAUUCCUUUGAAUUUGUUAUGAUAUCCUGUGACAUUUGUCUCGUCAGAUAUUUUCUUUUUCCUGUAAUUGUUUAUUUGACUGUGUAGUUGUUAUGUAAAGCACUUUGUUCAUCUCCCGAGAUGUUCUAAGGUGCUACAUAAACAAACGUUAUUAUUAAUAUUAUUAUUAUUAUUAUCAUCAUUAUUUAAUCAAGUGAAGAAUCUGAAUAUUUUCUCCACCAUUGAAAACAUCAUGAGAUCUUUAAUCCCUCAAACCUCCCCUGAUGGUGCCCACGUCCACGGUCAGUUUUCUUGUUGUGUGGCAGCUGGGUUGAAUAAAUUCUCACCUCCUUUAACUCAUAGCCUUUGGUCUGCUCUCACUGCUCCUUUGCACUCUGUGGCUGGAUUAUUACUGAAGCAGUGAAUAAUAAACAGGAGGACCUCUGCGGUGGUUGCAAUCCCUCCUUUGUUGAAAUAGCUGGCUGCUUGGAUCUACAGUGUAUGGGAGCUUUAGCUGCUUCGAUCUACUGUGUGUGUGGGAGUAAAAAAGUACAAAUUCUUACCGCUGAUAAGAUAAUUUAUGCUGCCAUUUGGCAUAUUUUAGGCUCGCUCACACAGUAUGAUAUAAUAACCGGCCAAAUACAAGUCAGUGCAAUAAAGUUAAUAAGCAGAAAACUGAUUUGUUUUUUGUUUUUUUUCGGGUUGUUUAUGGUGUACACUCUUUCCCACCAGGUUGCCAUUGACUUCACAGCGUCCAACGGAGACCCCAGGAACAGCUGCUCCUUGCACUACAUCAACCCUUACCAGCCCAAUGAGUACCUGAAGGCUCUGAUCGCAGUGGGAGAGAUCUGUCAAGACUAUGAUAGGUUUGUGAGUCUUUUGUUUCUCAGUACAAGGUUUUUUUUAUUUUGGUGCCUAGGGGGGGAGACUGUGUCCCCCUGUGGUGAAAUAGAGCUGCAGAGUGCUCCUUACUCCCUGUUUCAAUGGGAUCUCUCACUCUUAAACAAGCCACUCCAUCUUCACCACAGCACAGAGGGUUUUAAGCUCUGGAACAGGACUGCAGCAAACUCCGGCAGGUUAUUACAUUUCAGCUCACUGUUUGUUCGAAAUAAUGGGACUGAACUGUUGACCACUCGCUCUGCUCUGUCUGAUUUAAUUCCUCUCAGAGAUAUAUUUUGCAUUUUAAAUUCUCUCCCUUGGAUGAGUAACAAGCCUCACGUUAUCAACAAAGCAGUCAGCCCACCGCACAAACACAAUGUGGUUGUUUUCUGUUCAAAUUUGCAAGUCAAUUCAAAUUUGCUUUAAGUUAAGUGACGCCUGAGAAAGCAUGUGUACCUGUGAAAAGUAGAGCAAACAAAUCAGGCCUCUGUGGGCAUUACUUAUGCAUGAGGCUAAUCUGGGACCGAAGCUGGUGGCUUGUUGAGGCAGCAGUCAAGGACACUGACAGAAAAGUCUGGAUCAAAUCUUCAUGGUUUCGAAUGCCCAUUAAUUUCCUGGUUUUGACAGCCCAUUAGAGAGAUGACACAUAGACCUUUAUAUCACCCACUGGCAUUUACACUCCGUGCAGACAUGAGAUUUGUUGCUGGCAGCUUUUUGGCAGAGAUUUCAAAACCAACAGUUUGGGAAAUGAUGGAUAUGAUUGGAUAAUUACAGUUUCCUGCACUCAUUAAUGCAGUUUUUAAAUUUUGCUUGGUUUACCUGCAGCUCCCUUCACACAUCAGCACUCCAGUAUAAAUUGGCUCAUUUUGUCUGUGUGUGCCAGUUGGUACAUAUUCUAAUUCAAAAACCUUGAGUAGAUUUUAGGGGGAGAAAAAAUAAACAGGGGACCUUAAUGUCCUUGAAAGUAUACUGCUGAUCUUGAGGGGAAAUAGAUAUUACAUUACAGAUGCUGUUUUUAUGAGCAUGGAAAUAAUAAAUAUGUGUUUUUCCCUCUGACCUGAGACCAUCAGUGCCUCCCUUAGCUAAAAUCAGGAAUAUUAAACAUAUUCGAUAUUCGAAAAUGCUGUGCCCUUUUACAACAACAACAACAAGCUGACUGAAAAAAAGAAGCACAACAAAUGCAGCCAAGGAAGUAAAGCAGCUAUAGCAACAUUUAUGCUAGGUUUCAGUUACCUCGGAAGUCAGAUGUUGGAGCUGGGAAUGACCACCAAACAUCGGACGUCAAAGAGACGUGCAGAUCAAGUCAGUAUUGGGUCGGUCUGUCAAAGACCACAUCUAGACGUCAGAGUUGACGGCGUUCCAGUAACCAAGUCGGAAAACCAAGAUGGACACCUACUGUUACCCGUUGUUAGCUGUUGUUUACAAUUGUCAACUGUUGUCAGCUUUUGUUAGUUGUUGUUAGUGAUACCAGUUGUAAACAAGGCACAAGACAGUAUUUUACUUUUACAAACACCAUAGCACCGUGUUCACAGUUAGACAUUGGGCAGUACAACAUAAACCACUUAUUUAAUAAUACACUACGAGAGCUUUCUCUGUUACUCUUUACUGUUGAUGCACUGCGUUGCCAUCUUGGAUUAUGAUUUUGUCAUCAAGUCGGGGUUGGUGAGGAUCGUCCAACAGUCCGAGUCGAAAAAUCUGACUUCAGUGGGGUGUUCCAGAUGAAUUUCUGAACUCGGAGCUUGGAAAGUCCGUCUUCCGAGUACAACUGGAACGCAGUUUUAGCUCCUGUAUUCAGCCAUGUUUGUUUACUCUAAAAUCAUGAUUGACUGCAAGAACUUGAUUAGAUUUCCAGUUACCAGCUGGGGACUCCAGCUGUCAGGGAAAAGAGUCCUCAUAACAUCAUUGCACAAGACACACUAUAGGAACAAAAUGGUUAAACCUGACGUCAUUUGUCAUGACAUGCAAGGUCUCUGGUGUUUUCAAAAUCAGUAAAGAUUAAUGCUACGUUCCAGUUGUACUCGGAACAUCAUAAUCCAAGAGUAACAGUGAAAGCUCUCGUAAUGUAUUAUGUAUUAGCACUUCUGUUUUGUUUUUGUGAAAUUAAAUAAGUGGUUUAUGUCGUACUGCCAAACGUCAAACUGUAAACAUGGUGCUAUGGUGUUUGUAAGAGUAAAAUACUCCGUUACAACUGGUAUAGCUAACAACAGUUGACAACGGUUAACAACAACUGACAAUUGUAAACAACAACUAACAACCGGUAAAUGUAGGAGUCCAUCUUGGUUGUCUGACUUGUUUACUGGAAUGCCGUCAACUAGGUUGUAACAUCAUUCCCAGCUCCAACAUCCGACUUCCGAGGGAACAGGAACGCAGCAUAGGACAUCAUGACAGUUAACAUAGUGCACACAAAAAAUCAGUGUUUGAAAAUGUUAGAAUGUACAUUUUUUUAAAUGAUAAACGUCAUUUCUGAAACCGCUGUAGAGUCAAAAGUAAAUACCUUAAGUUGAUCGGGAUCUCCACAAUCAACACAGUUCAGAAAUGAAGGAGACUGUUGCAUAGGUACUUGUUUACUUAUAUUUAUAGUAGCAGGGGGAUGGGUCGAUUAUUACGCCAAAGGCUUUCUCAGGAUGUACAGUGGGUUUGCGGUUAGAAGAGCAUCUAAAAUAUCACAUGAAUUCCUCGAAGACAUUUGAGGCCAUUCUGUUUUCUGCCCCCUCUUUUUCAGAGACAGGAAAUGGUAAGUCAUGGUUCUGAGCACAUAUGCCAAAAAGAAAAAAAAAAAGAAGGAGGAAGCACGCCCACACUCUUUAGCAUAAGCCUGUGUCUGAUUGCGUGCACUAUGCAGCCCUUCUACACACAGAACCAUCUUCUUGCGCUUUCUCCUGUGGAUAACUCAACAGUUCAGUUUCCUAUCAGCAUCUGCCGCCGCUACAGGUCUUCUUUCUUAGCUCGCAUAGGCUCAUUACCCUGAACUAAAGAGGAACACAUGCAGAGAUCUGGGCUGACACCAGUACAGCAGCCACUUCACUAAGAAGUGGGAGGCACAGUGGCUGUAGAAAUAACAGCGUGGUUUGGAUCAGAUGUUAAGCCAGAGGAGAGCCUGUUUGGGGGGAUCAUUACAGGUGCUGAAACCCUUACAAAUCUUGUUGCUAUAAAUGUAAACACAGACUGAUAUCAUGCUAUAAGGAAGUGUCAUAUUUUUAGAUACUGACUGACUAAGUGAGAACAAAUAUGAAAGCAACCAACAAAUGGACAAAAUACUACUAAAUAUUGCAAGUAGGCCUGCAGGUACUCGCUCAUUAUGGGAAGACUAUUCAUAUUGCGAUAUAUUUCAGAGAAAGACCCUCUCAUCUGUCAAAACUAAGCCAGAUGAGGAUUAACAUUUCUGAUUUAUGCAGAUCCUCCUAUUGAAUAACAGGGGAGCACUGUCUGGCUAAUUAUAGCAUCCUGGAGAUAGCAAAAGGAAGGGAAAAAAAACUAGCACCUCGUCUUUGUAACUUCAUCAUCUCUGUUUACAUAGAUAGUACACUAGAUAGCAUAGAUAGCAUCAUACAUGGAAACAUGCUCCUGAGUGUGGGCAGCCUUUCCCUCUUAAGUUGGAGUCAUUAGUGAGGUGUAACAUGUGGGCAAGCGAGCCUUUUAGCCUUUAGUGAAUAUAGGUGAUGUGGGAUUUUAGAGUCCUUGCAGAGGAGUGCAUUAUGGAGCUGGAGUGACGAGCUUUUGUCUGUGUGGGCAGAGGCUCGUUUACUCUGCUGAGAGGGCCAUUACAGCGGGCAUGCACAUUUCCCUUCGGCUCCUCACACGGGCAGACAAAUAGAGGGAAACUAGGACUAACAUACACUUUACAGCAAGAGUGAAUUAUGAUGUCGAUCCUCUUGUCUCAGCUAAAGUUACUGGGUCUCUGUGUCGUCUUAAGAUGUUGUGCUUGUGGACAUUUUUCGUUAAAGACUUAUUUCAAAGAAAAUCAUGUUUUUCUUCUGUCUACAUGUUCAUAUGGCAUUUUUCUAUUACUAGAGGACAAAUCAUGAGAAAAAGAAGCGUGAAAUUGCAUUUCUAAAUAUUUCUGCAUUCAAAUCGCUGUGAAUCUCUGACAGACCCAAACGGCAGGAUCAGAUACAGUGAGAUUUCCUAUGUCACAAAUCCAAGCUCCGCCCCCGGAGCAGGGCAGGCUCGUAGAAAUAGAGAGGACGAUCGUGGAACAAGCGUGCGUUAGAAGAUUGAAAUGCUUGUAAGAAAGCUAAUUAUGAUAUUUACUUUUACCAUGCCCCUAAAGACAUUAGUGGCCGAGAGCUGAAUAGCUUCUUUGUUACCUGUUUCUUCCACUACACCAGCAAUGUCAGGCUGCAAGCUAGCUUGAAGAGGAGUGUGCAGAGCAGCACUGUCCCCGCCCGCGAGACAGAGGUUAAUUGCUAAUGAGCUACUGGAGAUCUGCAGACGAAAAGCCCUUGCAAAUGACACGGGUAACGUUAUUUUAGCUAAAAACUUCGGCGCUGCCCAGCAUCACACUUUGAGUGUGACAGUCGAGCAAUUUGACCCACUUUCACACCACACGCCACACUUGACAUCAGUCCGAUGUGCCUAAAUCCAACCAACCACGGAAGGCACCACGCAAUACAAACCAAUCAGAAGCAACGUAAGGCGGGUCUUGGCGUGUGUGAGCUAUUUUUCAAACACAACAGCGCCAACAUUUAAAACGCACUUUCUAAUUUCUACUUUUUGGUUAAUUAAGACGAGCAUUAGGAGGCCACAGUGCAGGGAGAGCAGCUGGCAUGGAGGUAAGGACGUCAGUCUUAAGGUAUAAAUCCAUGGUAAAAAAGGGGCCAAAUUUCUUUUCCAGUCUCACUCUUGUCAUUUUCUGAAAUUUGGCAGCCCUGAAACUUCAUAAUCAUAAUUUAAAGACCACUGAGAACAUUUUGAGUAGUAAAAACGAGGGGACAUGAAAGCUCCAAGGAUGAAUUUCUUUAGUAUGAAAAUGAAGUCCAAUAACUCAACUUAAUAUUUUAACUGGAACACAGUACUUUGAAAGCAAGAAUAAGUCCUUCCACAUUCAAAAUUUUGUUGAAAAUGUGUUUUCAAGGGCACAAGUUCAGCUCUGUGGAUUAAUCACACACCCCACAUACAGAGGGUGCAGUCUUUGAAGUAGCAGACGUGGUUUUGAUUCCUACCUGCAGACCUUUGCUGGGCGCCAUCUCCCACUCACCCUGUAUCCACUGUCCUGCCCUCUCACUAAAGCCCAAACACAGCCCCAAAAAUACUUUGAAAGUUUCUCCGCACAGAGGUAAUCUGGCAAAGCUAAUUCAAUGCCAAAAGCACAGUUUGUUUUUCUGAUUAUAUUCCCUUAUCAUUUAACAGGCUUCAGUGUGUUGGAAAGGUCAUGAUUGUGGGAGUUAGGCUUACAUUCACUGGAUGGGAGUUAUUUUGAUGAAAAUUGAAUACGAAUAUUAAGCUGAAAACAUCCAACUGUUAGGGGGAGUUGGAGGCAAAGACAUCUUUUAUGCUGUUAGAUCAGGUGCAGGAACAUGCUGCUUUCUGAAUGCUUUUAAUUUGUCUGGAACAUUGUUACCGCAGUGAUUCUCUAUCUGGACACCAAACAGCACAUUAUCCAGGACAUGUGGAGAGGCUGCAUUACAGCGAAUAAGAGUUGGACCCGUUUAAGUGUUUAUCUUUUUUCCCUUGGAACAGAGGAUAAUGAUGGUAACUAAAUAGGAGCUCAAAUUCUCCAGAGCCUACAGGCUGUUUUUGUUGCCAUUUGCAGCCGCCGUAAAUAUAAUACUGCAAGGUUAUGGAAACAGAUACAUGAAAUCAUUUCCCUCCUCCGUGAGGAGGAGGAGGAGGAGAGAAAUAAUAUCGCUGAUUAAAGAAGAAUUCCCCCUCUGUCUUGAUGUUUGUAUAUUACCACUGCUGCUGUAACAUUUGUAAUUAUUAGAGUAGGACAACAAAUUCUUUUUCAAAGUGAAGUUUGAUAAAGUUUAUUGCAUACUCAGAGAGAAGAAAUCAUCACUCUGUCAGCAUUUAUACAAGUCCACACCCAUCAAAGUUAAUUAAACACUUCUGAUGGCUCUGAAAGGCUGCCUCAAAGCCAUAUUAGCUUCACCGGUGGAUAAAUAACUCCCCAGUCUCCACUUGUCAACACGCCAAAUAGAUCAACACUUAUUGCGCUGAAAAUACUGCUGUUAAACCCUUGGUGCACCCGCUCUCUGUCCACAGUAAAAGACUUGGACAUCGUUUCAACUGCUGGAGUCCUAAUACAAAAGAAAAAAAAAAAAUCUGUGGAGCUGGGGGUGUUUGCAGAGCUCUGGGCUAGAGAAUUUGUGUUUGUUUUUUUUUUUUUGUGAUAAAGGCAUGUAGGCUAGAGUAAAUGUUCUGAUAAGGGAAGCAGCCAUUAGAGUCAGCAAACAAUCACUGAUGCAUCUGAAAACAAGCUGUGGAAGCCUUUAGCCUGAAAACCACUAAGUCCAGUGAGCUAAAAUACACACAAAGUGUUAUCUGUCUGAGCAACGUGUCAUUGAACUUUGUGGACUUAUUACAAAAGGACUCUGGGGUCUCCAUCACAGGAUCUCCUUAACACAAGGGGCUCAACUUUUAUCAAAUAUCAGUUUACUCUUCUUUUUAAAUUUUCUUAAAUACAAUAAAAAGAAGGACUUUAUUUAUUCCAAAAGAGAAAUUCAUUAAAUGCUAUUUUUUAAAGACCUGUUUUAAGGAUGGUCUCAGGAUUGUUUUUUUGGAAAUUGAUUAUUUAAACAUAAAAAAAAAAAGUAUGUGACCACUCCACUCAUGAAUUUUGAAGUGGUUCUCACCGUUUUCAUGGUCAGGAUUUUUUUGGGCAGGGUUCAAAAGGAUACCCAAUAAUGCUUGAGCCUCCUUAAAAUAGCUCCACCCUAGGGCUGGGCGAUAUGGGAAAGAGUUUAUCACAAAAUAUUUUUUUCACAUCAGUCGAUAUCGAUAUAUAUCAUGAUAUAAAAAAAGUGCUUAUUGGUCGCAUGUCUUUUGCUAUACAGUUAGCUACUGCAUCUGUGAGGUCUUUGUGUCUCUUCAAUCUUUUGUCGUAAGGCGUUGCGCUACAAAAAGCGGACUGAAUGGUUGGCUGUUUUGGCUGCACAGGCGCCAUGGGCUCCUUACUCCACUCGGGGUUUGUAACCUUUAGCAUGCGCUUGCUCUGCUGCGUGUCACUGCUUCAGGUGGUGAAAAAGAUUUGAGGUAUCCCCCGACUUUGUGAGAACAUGUACUCGGCAUAGUUUGCAGUGCACAUUACUCUGUUUCAUGUCUGACCUAAAAAAAAACAAAAUACCGCCACACCACAGACGUUUUCGUGCCAGUGUUGUUGACGAUGUCGUCAUCUGUUGAGCCUUCAUCUGCAUUUCUGCCGGGGGUAGCACUCAUUUACUUUUUUUUCUCACAAACAGUGUUGUCGGCUUCAUGUGUUAAAGUGCUAUGGUUGCGUGUAGCUGAGGCCUGUUACUGUUGCUACUUGGUUCUAAUUCAGCACAUGAUUGGAUCAGCGCGAAGCGGACCUGCAGCAACUCCCCUUUUCAUUGGCUGUUUGUAUGGUCUACCAAAACAUGGCAGAAUGCCGACUAUUGAAGAGCAUAUUGACCAUCUCUUAUAUUAAUAUUGAGGGAAAUUCAUUUUGAUAUAUAUCGUUAUCGUUAUAUCGCCCAGCCCUACUCCACCCCUUACAAUGUUAUAAUAAGCAGAGCUAGCUUUAGCAUCAGUGGUUCACCUGUUUUAGUUCAAGUUACAUCAGGUGCUACAGCCACAGUAUCUUUGCUGAAAUGUACAAUUUUCUAUCAGAUAAGGGAUGAGAGUUUCCAGUUCAGUUUCAGCAUCUCAUCAUCAGAAACUUUCCAGGCAGCCGCUGUUUAUCACUGAAGAAUCAAGUGAGGAUCAGUUCCUACAUUAUUGCGUUCAGGAAAACUAUCUCUAAAGAGAAACCACACUGGACUCUACAACUUCACUGCUGCAAAUGUUCCCAUAUUUUCUAGUGAGCCCCUAAAACUGCCCUUUUCUCUCUGAUACAUCAUCCCGCAUUGUGUUUGCAGUCUUCAAAUGUCACAUCUGUUGGAGGAGCCGUCUGAUAGUGGCUUGGAUUUCUAAAAAAAAACAGCCUGAAGCUUCUCUUUGGAGUAAAAAAUAUUGAAUAAGUUACUUUCUUUCUCAAUCUCAUUCUCUAAAUUUUGAGUUGCCAUCCGUGUCAGGAGGUCCAGCUGGGAGUCAGAUCCAUUGUGUGAAUUUUGGAUGCUCUAUUGUUGAUCAAUUUUAAAGAGGCAGAGAGUUGGUACAGUAUCAUACUGUGACAGAAACUGUUCGAUCCAUCUUUGCAGAGCCUCUUAGAGAAUUAUUCCCUGAUAUAAAUGGCAGGAUGAAAAAUGGAGAGGAUGAGGACUGUUAGAUGCUCUUUGAACAGGUGCAAACACUGGCUGCAGGGACUGUAAGAUGGAUUUCAAUUUGUAAUUCAAGCUUUUAACAUUUAUGAAAUGCAAACAAGCAGAGGGUUUGCCCUUGGAAACAUGAAUAGAUAGAUAGACCAUCGAUGUUGUUCAGAUCACGGUCAAAUGCUAUCCCAGAUGAAACUGCAGUUACACUUCAUGUUUGACUGAUUUAUUUGCUUUAUCGUUUUCAGCGACAAAAGAUUUUCAGCUCUGGGAUUUGGUGCCAGAAUCCCUCCAAAUUACGAGGUGAGUAUCAAGCUUUACAUCUCUUUUCGUCCUGUUUUUAAUGUGUAUGAUGUAUAUUCAUAUGCUCUUAUCAAAUCCUGGUAUUUCCCAACACCCUGGGUUCACAUACUCAGAAAGCUGAUUUCCAUUACCUGUUUUAUGACACAAUUUGUCAGUCCGUCUAAAUUUCACAUUUCACAGUAAUUACUGAGUUUAUUUUUAUUCAUAAGCCCCUUUUUUCCCUAAAAUAUCAACUUGUCUUGAGAAAAUAACACGUUCUCAUGACAUAAAAGCCCCACAGUGCAGAGGCUUCAUUUGCAUAAGAAUUCAUGAGUUCAGAGCAUUUGUUUAAGCUAAUUGGACUUGCAGAACCAAAAGCCUUAAGUGUUUCUGAAUAGAGCCCCUGAGGGAUGUCUGACAUGUGAAGACUGAGUGCACGCGCACACACAAACACACGCACAUGCACACGCUCACGUACGCUCACGCAUUAAUCAAACAAGAGCUGCCUGUGUUUGAAGUAAGAUAUCACUUUGUGCUAAAAUGAAACACACAUCAUUAUUAUUUCAGUCGUGCAGAAAUUUUUGUUGCUCUCUUAAUAAAAACUAUUAAUUUCUGGAUUUAGCAUGAGACAGAUAAUGAUGACUCUGAGUCAUGGUUUAAUAAUAAGCCAGCCAAAGGGGCAACAGAUAUUUAGCAGAGCAAAAACAAAAGAACGUAAUAUUUCUCUGCAAUAAACAAGGCCUGUUAUGUUUUGUGAACUGAAAGGCUAAAUCUCAUUGUUGUGUUUUUUUUUAAUCACUUUGUUAUGAUUUUAAAAUCCUGAUGAUGAAUUGCAUCAGUCAUCUCUUAAGUUUGGAAAGAACAUCCUCAGAUUUUAUAGAGUUUACAGGUUCUUUUUGUUGCUGCUUUGAAAACUGUCCAUCAAAUCUCUCUCUCUCUCUUCUACCGAGCAGUUUCUUGCAGUGAUUUGCUCAUAGAGUCAAAGUGUACGGACAAACCAAAGAAUUUUACAGUGCACAUAAAAGCAAAAGUGCUAUGAAAUACAUUUGUUGAUCGCAAAAUGUUCAGAAAUGGUGUUUGUUUCAAUGCAAAUCCUUUGAUCACCAAGGUAACCAAUAUGCACGGACGCAUUAUAAGCAAACAGUUUGUCUGAUUAAUCUGGAGCCCAGUUAAAUUUACAUCGCGCUGUACAGACUGAGUGAACUCUGGCAGUUCUUUCAGUCCAUCAAAAAGUAUGUGACAGUCAUCCCACUGAAAUCCUUUAUAUAGUUACUCAUUAAAUGCCUCUUUUCAUCUGUUCUUGACUAAUUUCUCAUAACAUGAUCGGUAAGAAAAAACUAAUAAUGCUCCAAAUAAGGUAUUUCCUUGUGGAACAUAAAACAGCAUACAAGAAACCUGAGGAAACAUCAGAUGCAUCACGACCACUAUGAUCAACGUCUCAUUUUGAAAUAUGCAAACAUUACCUCUGAUUUAGAAAAGAAGAAAUUUGUGUUUGAACAUUUUUUAAUGGUCUCAAAAAUGCACCAUGUAAAGAGUUUUCUUUCAUGUUUCCUCACCAAACUCCAGAUUCAGACAAAACUGAAAUAUCACAAUAAAAAGACUGAAAGACACACUGUGGUGCAGUGGCAGAAAAAGCACAGCUGUGACUAAUAACAUUACAGAUGCCUGAUGAUGCUUCAGUGCCACUAUCAGCCAUGCAAGAUAUCCAGCCCGCACAAUACCCAAGCCUUACAACUGGACAGAAGACAGCCAUAAUAAAUGUUAUUAGUUACACCUGAGUGCUUCCUCUAGGAUCAUGUCAAAAGGUCCGCCAUGAAACAAGCCUGUUAGAUUAGUGACAAAGCAAAGCCUCUCUUUUCAUGGUGGCCAGAUCUGUGGUCUCAAUGAUUAUUUUCUCCUCAUAUCUAUCAAUACAGUCAUUAAAUUCAGACUGUUAGUUAAAAGAGAAAUGACUUUAAGAAAAGAAGCCAGAGAGGAGAGGAGAGGAGUAAGUAGCUGCGUUUACAUGGGCACAAAAGAUCAAAAUAAAGUGUCAUGUUAACAUGUCGAUCGGAAGAUUCUUAUCCAAUUCAGCUCAAUCGGAAAGAAAUUGUAUUCCAAAUGAGAGGGGCGGUUUAUGCCGAUCAUUAUUCCAAAAUGCGUCCAUGUAAACACUUAUUCCGAUCGUGACUCUCUAACCUGACUCGAUCUUCACUCUUUAGCCUUUGGCUUAUUUAUAGAGGUCAGUUCAGGAGGUUUCAUUAUUAACAAAACAAAACACAACCGCAGGAGCCGUGUCUGCUCCUCCGAUAUCAUAACAAGGUGUACGUACAGCGUAACGGACAGUGCAACCUUUGACAGAAUAGUGAAACAAGUACACAAGGGCACCUUCUAGUGACAAAGUUUAACUGAGGUAAAAAAUCCUGAAUUGGAUGAAGUGAGCCACGACUGCGUUUGUCGGUUUGUUGACAGCACAGGCAUAAAUACAACUCUGCGAAAUCAGACAACUUGGUGCACGUCCAAAUGCCUCUAAUCUGAAUUAAGUUUAAUGCAUGUAUACACACGUCAUGAUCGGAUUAUUUGAUUUUGCACCCAUAUAAACAGUGGAUUCAGAUUAUCUGAUCCCUCAUAUUUUUAAUCGGAUCAAGAACUUUUGCCCAUGUAAACAAGGCCACUGUGUGAUCUGACUGACGAAUGGAAGGAGAAACUUCCAUGUGAGCAAAGUUUUCAAAAAAAGGGUCUUCAGUUUGCCUUGAAAUGGACAUUAACCUGAUGUGUGUUUUUAGGCUUUGUUUCAGGAAAAUGGAAAGGAGAUUUACAUUUUCUUUUUUCUUCAGAAGCUGGCUUUUAAGAAAUGCACAGAGUUAGGAUAUAAGAUAACAGCAGGGCAUUCAGAGUGUAGACAGCAGUGCAUCAGACCUGAGAAUAAAAAUGAAUCACUCUUAUCCUGUGGAUGAAAUUGACUUCUGAAAACAAUUAUCAAAUUUAAUUUUCACUCAUUAAUCUCGUCAACCUUCCAAACUCCAGAACAAUUAAAAUGUCUUUGUUAAUUUGAUCUUUUUACCUUUGACACACUCCGAAUCUCUCUUACCUGCUGUAAUCUUUCUAAAAGUAUUGUGUUCAAGUAUUAUUAUAUGUGAGCAGUGAACCUCAUUAAUCCCUUUCAGUUUUGUCUGCUGUGGUCCCGUGGUUCUGCUCAGUUCUGCCUGGUAUUAUUAAACAGCAUUUGUCGACUGACAAUACAUUAUAUUGAGAUGGUGUGUCAUCUGAAUCUGUGACUCUUGUACAGAAAAAAAGGUUAGGUGACAGAAUAAUCUGCAUUAUUCUUUUUACCUCAUUAAUUUUUCACAGUUGUCUUUCUCCAUCUACAGGUGUCUCACGACUUUGCCAUUAAUUUUAACCCAGAGGAUGAUGAAUGUGAAGGUAAGCGAGGUCUUUUUACACCAGCUACACCCCAAAGAGUAUUUCUCUAUGCUGAUGAUAUUCAAACAAACAUCGGUAAUCUCACAAUACUGCUUACAAAAAAUACUAAUUUCUGUCAUUGUGUAUCAUUGCAAAAUGAUUUAUUAUGGCAAAAUCUGCUGUUAAAAGUCAUAUGUUACCAUGUCAUAGAACACCAUUGUCUAGGCUAGGGUGGCCAUAUUGUGAAUCCCAAAAAAGAGGACGCACACGCCCAAAAUUGUAUGGGUUUUUAGGAUUGGGUCAAGUGUUUUUUAUGCACUUCUAACUAAGUUUAAUAGAUAUUCUGAAUUCUCAAAGACAGUGCAUGCGAGUGUCGUGUCGGUGGGUUUGCGUAGAACCGAGUGGAGGGGCAGAGCAGCACAGAGCAUUGAUGUGAUGCAUUGUUUUAUAAUGCAUGAGUACACAUUCGGCGUUUUUCAUCUUUUUUUUCUGCUGGCGGAAACGGGCUUCCAUACAAACCCUGGACAUUGAAAGAUUUUAUAAACUCCCCCUGGACAGGCCAGACAGCCCCCCAAAAGAGGACAUGUCCGGGUAAAAGAGGGCGUAUGGUCACCCUACCACUGUCGAUAACUUGUUGACAUACAUAUAAAUAAACCUUGAUCAGGAUCUUUAUCCUCGAGAACAUUUUCAGGCUAUUCUCGUUACUUUGCUGGGCACUGUGAAUGAUUCAUACACCUGCUCAUAUACUUGGCUUGUUUACUGAUCUGUGCUGAUAACUGUAUUGAUGUUUCCUUUAUUUCUUUCCCUGCUCUGUUUGAUCAGAGAUCCAAGGAGUGGUUGAAGCGUACCAGAACUGCCUUCCUAAGAUCCAACUGUACGGCCCAACAAAUGUUUCUCCCAUCAUUAACAGGAUAGCUAAGCUGGCAGCGGGCGAUGGCAACAUAAAAGAUGCUUCAGUGAGUGUCCCUUCAUACUUUAUAAAAUAUAUAUAUAUAGCUGUAAUGUAAGCUUUGUUGUUUUUCCUCCCACUAGGUUCCCAGAGUGAAUAGCCUCUGGUUCACCUUAGUGUUUAUAGCCAUGAUGCCCCACAGCACAAAAGCAGAGAGGAACGAUCGCAGAACAAAUCAGUAUUAUUCUUAUUAUGAAUUUAUGUCAAAAAGUCUUUAGUUGUUGGUGCAUAUUUUUGGACCUUAACUCAGUUCAUUGACCGUUUUUGUCUUAGUAAUUCCCUCAUAAACUGCACUUCAAGUGUGACUUAACAAAAGUGCCUCAUAGAGUUACUGUGCUUAUUAUCUUUCCUUAAUAUCCCUUUGGGAGUUAACCGAUUAUCUGUUUUCUCUCUUUAAUUACCCUUGGCUGUAUGGACACUGUCUUCUUAACUAUUCAACUGCUGUUUCUGUGCUGACCUUCAUUUUAUUAUUCACCCCUCAGCAUUAUUCUGUUUUUGAUCAGUAAAUGAGUCGUGGUAAACAACUUUCAGGCAGACAUUAGAAAUUUAGUGGUUGAGGAUGUGCUGUAAAACAACAGCAGUCAGACAACCAUCAAAAGAAAGGCUUUACUCCCCUGUUGUUAACUAUCAAAUUGAUUGAAAUGUAUUGUGUCUUGUUAAUAUUCUUCCACUGUACCGCUCUUAUUUUACUGUUCAGUAGACACAUGAAACCAAUUUCACACAGACAUGCGUGCACUCUCAAAAUUUGUCUCUGCUGAAGUUUAUGUUGUAAUAUCUUUGUGUUUCCUCCUCUCUUCUGGAGCUGUUUCCUGUGUUACAUUUACACAUGUAUACUUAUCCACUGAGCAGAGGGUGUAAAAUUUACCAAGAUGGCAUGAAAUGUCUACUUCAAACCAGGACACACUCUGAGGGGCGUCCUUACUCAAAACAACAGGUUGCUGUAAAAACGAGUUAAUGUUCACAUGGAUAGAUUUACACUAAGAGCUCUCAUCUUUUUCUCCAGCGGUACCACAUCCUGCUCAUCCUCACCGAUGGUGUAGUUACAGACAUGGCAGACACACGUGAAGCCAUUGUUCGAGCCUCCUACCAGCCUCUUUCCAUAAUAAUCGUUGGUGUGGGCAAUGCAGACUUCACAGACAUGCAGAUUUUGGAUGGAGAUGACGGAGUCUUACGCUCACCAAAGGGCGAGCCGGUCCUGAGGGACAUUGUGCAGUUUGUGCCGUUCAGAGACUUCAAAACGGUCAGUCUGUCUUCUUCUCCUUCUGCUGAUGCUAAUUCUCUAACUCCAAGUUGUUUUUUUCUCUGGACUCCCACUCUGUUUUGAUUGGCGUGCUUGUGAAACUCAUACAGACACAUGGUGAUGUUCUUCGAAAAUGUCAGAAUCAUUUUGCCAAAUAUAUGGAGAAACUUGAAUGUUGAUUUUUAAUGUAGAAAUCUGAUAGGAGCAUCCGAAGAGGAAACAAGGAAAAGUAAAGGGUGAACAUUCAUAUGAUGUAAUGGUCUCUAAAUCACCACAGUAAUUUAUUUUUAUAAAAUGGUGUUUAUCCAGUAAGAAUCUCUGCAAGAAGCAUGAAGCUGUUCUGAAAGCUUCACAUUGACCCUACACCCAACAUCACCCAACCUUAAGUUUUUCUGAAUCUAUAGACAACAAAACCGAUUUGAAGGUGGGGUAGUCAGGAUCUGAGGAAGUGCCAGUUUUUGGGAGAAAUCUUGAACGUAAACACUACCCCUUCCUCUCUGCUCCAGCAAGCCCCGCCCACAAACAGACGCUCCUGCUCACUCAUAUCGUUUCAAUUAAAUUCAGAUAUAAUGCGGAGAGCGGCUUUGUUUACAGUCCGAAAGAGUUGGCCACUCAACAAUUUUAAAAUGUUGACUACACAGACAUAACAGAACACAGCGAUAUCAUUAUAUUACCAAAUGUCAUUGAUAACUAAUAGCUAUCGACUGAUUUUAAAAGCUUUUUUGUAUAUACACCACAAAAAAAUGUGCUUCUUUAACAGAUUCCUACCUACCCCACCUUUAGAUCCCUGAGUUCAUACAAAAAACAGACUUCUCACUAUUGCCUAAAAGAAAGAGAGCCCUUUUACUACCCUUCUGUAGUAAAUUUAAGGGUCAAAUUAAAACAGUAUAUUCGGGUUUAUCAGCUCUUCUGUCUCUGUUUCAGGCUUCACCUGCAGCCCUGGCCAAGUGUGUUCUAGCUGAGGUGCCAAAGCAAGUAGUGGAGUACUACAGCCACAAGGCCAUCUCCCCUAUGUGUCCUCAGCGGGACUUACCAACCCCCAUCCUUAGCCCACUCGCCACCACCCCAACAGAAUAAUCACCCGCCCUGAUCCUGGGACCAAGCUUUGACUACAGCACCAGUCUGGAGAACUCAGAGGGAGACAGGACGCAUGCCUCGCCAUUUUUGACAGGGAACGGAAAGAAUACCUUUGUAAAUGUGGUGUUAUUUAUUUCAUUUUCCACGGCCGACCAAGUGUUUACAUGAAGACAGAGACUGUUUUUUUUUUCUCCUUUGAAAUUUCUCUUCUCAAUGUGGACCCAGAACUUCUACUUGGCUGUGCAAAAUGAGCAUCAUGGGUCCUGGAAGACUUUCUUUUCUCCCCUAAUUUUUAUGCAUGCCGGCCAACCCCUCAGUGCUGAUCAGUCAGUGGGUUACAGAGAUAACAUUUCUCUCAGCCCGUGACUUACAGCACUUUGAUUUGUCAACUAUAUAACUGUAAACCUAAAGUGGAAUCUUUGGAUAAUUGUAAACAUGCAGUGUACAGUAUAGGUACGUUGCAAUCGAAAUUAGUUUGCUCAACUUGAACACACUUAAAAUAAUUAUUCCAAACUUUAAACGAUGAGAUGGAGCACCAGACCUUGAGCUGCGUUAAACUUUCCUCAUGUGUAUCUGUCUAGCUGAACUAGGCCUUUUAUUGGAUUGUAAACAACACAGGCCAUGAGACAAGCUAAAUAUUGAUAGUAAAACAUAAACUAUCUAUUAUUCCUUUGUGUUUUUAUGAAAAGCUCAGCUCCACAGUGCACCAGCCAAUUGAAAAGAUAAUAAUGACAUAUUUGCGGCAGCAGUAACUACAACUGAAACCACCCCCAUCCAGCAAAUAUAAAAAGCAGGCAAUGCUGAGAGUGUUUGGCAGGUGCAGGUUGCCCAGUUAGUGUAAUAUGUGAUGUAAUAAUGAGCUAAUAACAACAGUCAGCUAAAUCUUGAAUAACAAGACGUAUUUUAAAAACAAGAAAAGAAGCAAUGGAGAUAUCCGUGUUGAGUUCUGAUACGUCACCAAUCUUCGACCUGUCUGCUUUGCAUAUCUGUGAAAACUGCAAGAGACAUUUGCUUGAGCUUUAUGUCUUAAUGUGCUUUUUUUUCUGUUAAGACGCAGAAGCAACAGGUCAUGCAACAAGACAAAUACAAAAUAGCAGCCUGGUCAUCAGCUGGCAGGUUUAAGAGGGAGAUAUUUCUUGGCUGCUUUUCUUUUUCAGAAUUCAGCCGUUUCUAAAGGUUGGCCAUGAAAAAGCUCAGAAUAACAUUUUUUUUCUUUUAGAGUUCUGAAUGACUGCAUCUAAAUUUUUUGCCCUUUGUAAAAUGAUUGCAGUACAAGCUGUGAAAUCAUGCUGCAUGUCAGGUGAACAUUUUCCCUUUGAAUUUUUUGUUGUUGUUGUCGUCAUCUCUGAGCCAGUCGUCAGACAGGUAGCAUUCGUCAAGUUUCAGCUGUGUGUCUCAUUAUUUUCCUCAACUUUCUGCUGCUUUUUAUAUCAUGAAUCAUGUGUUCUUUACCUUUUAAUUUAACUGGUAAGCACACUGUCCAAAUCAAAUGAAAGCACAAAGAAGAUCACAGUCAUCACUCCUCCUUAAACCAGCUUUUUCACAUGUUACAUCAGGAUACUUAAAACGACAACCAAAUCUCACUGCCAUUAUUACCAAAUCUCCUCAGUUACCAUGAAAUAAAACUUAAAACAUCAAAUCAGUAGAUUAAAGUUAUGCUCUUUAUCCAUUUCUUGCCUUAAAAAUAACUUUUUGCUUGUCUGCAUUUAAUCUUUCAUUUGUUUCACUGAGCUUUGAGAUGUUCAUCGUGUCCAAAGAAGCUUUUACAAUUUAGAAAGAGCAGUGUUUUUGUCAUGUUUUUUAUAUCAUUUUUUGUCAGAAGAAACGCGUUUCUGCUGCUGAGGCUAAGGAGCAAUGAUUUAUUAUGUACAUGCUAGCAAGAAGAAAUAAGUGAUGUGUUUAAACCCAGGUGUAAUUACAUGUACAGAGGUAAAAAAAAAAAAAGUUCAAGUAUAUUUUUCUCCACUCUUCCUAAUAGCAUCUUCACUGCAUUUAUAUGUUUUUUUUAUUUUUACAUCCCAUCCCUCUUCAUUAAAAAAAGAUCCUCAAGUUACUCAACCACAAAAAAAAUAGAUGACUAAACCAUGAAGUGCAUUAAUUUAGGGAUGAUUUUUUUAUUUUUAUUAAAUAUAAAACCCACACAGUUUCACUAAACAGAUUCUUUAGUACAAAUCAUUGUUUUCAUGGGCUUUUUAUUCCUUUUCAAACAAGUUUUCCUCUGUGUCAAAGAUCUUUUGAGAUUCAGUAAUGUCUUGUACUUCUGAAGCAAUUUACGGAUAAAAGUCCUUACACACCGGGAACCAUGCAAAUAUACGACAUGAAAUUAUGAAAUAUUCAGAGGUGAAUUUUAACGCGCCUGACUAUACUCAUCAAGCGCAAUGCAACUUUGCGACUUUCGGGGGGAGAAAAAGAAGCGCCCCGGAUGGAAGCGAGAAGACUGACACAACAGCAGACUGACUGUUUUUCAGUUCUGAUUAGACACUAGUGUUGAGAUGGCUGUCUGUCCAGUACCAGAUAAGCACAUUAAACUAUAAUCCAUAAACGUAAUGUAACAACCGAGACCUAAUGGUCUAACGCUGUGAUUGAGUUUGAGACAGUGAGAAUACAUAUGGUAUGUUGUAUCUAAACAGGUUUGCUUACGAGCUAAAGUUACUUAGCACAGAUGGAAGUUAAAACAAAGACGUUUAGCAAACUGUUAAAGCACACAAACCAUCGUCAUGUGAGAAAUCUGACACUAUGACUCUCCACAAGUUGUCCUUCAGGUCAUUAUCUUUGUAAUAUUUGUGUUUUUUAUCAAAAAGUACUCUGUUCUCUGACACGUAAACAAUCAGCCGGUCAACCAUGUUGGAUAUAACGGUGAAUCAGACGUUACAACAACACGCAAUGUGAUUGGUCAGAGGUGGACACACAGUAUGCGAAACUUUAGAAAAAUCGACAGUGAAACGAAAAAAUAAAUGCCGCAAUAUCGCAGGAUGGGAAAACGUCGCUGAGGAGAACGCUUGUACUGACAGGAUACGGGUUCGAAAAAAAAUAUUGACGUCCAAAAUAAUCGCAUGAAAAAACGCUCCCAGUGUGAAAGGACCUCAAAGCUCAACAGUGGUUAUGCACUCUGGCAGUGUAACAGAAAAGCAUACAUCAUUAAUAAUACAGUAUAUGUAGACAACAAUGUUUAUUCCCUCUAUUAUUCAUCAUUUCAGCCUCACUGGUCCUUAUUGGCUGUUUUACUCAUGACUGUCCUUUGAGUUUCCUUUACCUCCGUUAAGUAUUUGCUUUCUGACUUUGAAUAGUGACUAAUUCACUCGGCCAUACACCAAGCUGUUCCUGCCAUUAUACGCACAGGAGAAAUAUGUAGACUUUACAACAGCUCCAACAUACACAUAUCCACCCCCGAGUGCAAAUAUUAAUCUGACUUUGAUUUGUCCCCUAGAGUUUAAGCUGACUUCCUAGAUGGAGACUAUUGACUCCUCAUGAAUGCAUCUAAACGCAGCAGGCUCUGCUGUUGGCUGCUCCCUGAACUCCUUUGAAGAGCAAAAGUAUUGAGGAUCCUUCAGUCGCUGUGGAUCACAGGAUGAGGUCUAUCGAUUCAGCGGGCCUGGAUUUGCAGCCAUACUCAUUUUGUUGAAUGUAAAUUAUCCUGGCAGGUUUUUGCUUUCAUAUCUGAGGCACAGCUUUGACUGACUAGUUCAUACCAGGGUGGGGAUCGCUGCAAAACAAAGAGGAAUAAUGAAGUUUUCAUGAUAGCAUCGCCUUUCUCUUACAAUGAUUUUUUUCAUACAUUUCACAUCCUUUUGUUCUGUAAAGUGCCGAACAUCCUCUAAAGAAAAGGAAGAUUCAAUGUUAAGAAGUGUCACCAGAAAUGUCUCACAUUAUGGUUUCCAUCACAAGAAAGCUGAGCGCUUAUGAAAGCUGAUCCAUAAAACCUGUUUUUUCGCUCGCCUACAAGCUUUUGUAGCAGUUAAACAAAGCAGGAGGUGCAAACCAAUCAAACCGUCGUUUUUUUCCUUAAGGGCAAACCAGCUCACGCAUUAAUAUCUUAAAGGUAUCAGCACUCCUGUGAGUCGUGCCUUACAUGGCAAUUAACUCUUUGUCCCCUAUUACCUGCAUCUCCUUAUUGCUACUUGGCCUCAGGUUAUGAUUUCAUAAGCUCAAAUGGUUCAUUACCCCACAAUUUGUGCAUUUACAUGAUAGGAUGUGAUACAAUUACACACAGAUUCAAUGUAUUAGUGUUUCUCAUAUGUUUUUAUUCUCAUGCAAGCGAAGAAUAUCAUCUAAAAAAUAGUUUUUUUGGUUGUUGUAACAGUAAAACAUGUCUGUUUAAUUUCCCUGUGGCUUGACCUGAGCUGCAGACUUGUUUAACAGUGAUGCAUGGGUUUUUAAUGCCCCCUUAGACUCUCCCCAAGCCAUAACUCUUCUCCUUUGAAAUUGAUCUCAUAUGCUUUUUCAUUCAGUGACAAGUUUCAUCGCACUCAUUCAUGUGUAAAAUGCACAAGUAUUCAAAGAAUGUCAUUGUGUGUGUGUUUGUGCGUGUGUGCAAGAGUCGGCUGAACCUAAGAGCGCAUCCUUAAGGCCAUUUGUCAUCACUUUUAACAGCUAACAAAAAAGAAAACUGCAUCAAUGUCUAAAUGGGAAACCAUUAAUCGUGUAAAAACUGGUGCAAACAACAACAGGCUAAAACACUGGAGGUCAGAAGACAAGAGUUCAUGCAGCCGUCUGGUGCAGAUAAAAAAGCUAGGGGAAAAAAAAAAAAAACCUAGACAAAAUUCACUGAACUCCUUAUUUUCUUCAUUUAUGAUCACAGUGUUGUCCGACAGAAUCAUCAGGUCAAAACUUUUAUACUGUACAAUUGUGAUGAAAAUUUUUCCAUACGCUCUCCCUCUUUUUCUUUGAAUCAGAACAAGGUUUACAGCCCAUAACCCUUAAUAUGCAACUAGUGCAACUUCAGGCCAUGUGGGUGAGAAACAAACCAACGCAUCAUUAGUAUAUAUUUGAUUUCUUUGAAAGGAAGGAAGGGAUUUAUUGCAUGCUUACUUUUAUUGUUAAGCUGUGCUGUGCAGUUAUUCCUUUGGGUCUUAUGAUAUGCUAAUAUGCAAGCCUGCAUUUGCACAAACUUAUGUUCUUGUAGUUGACGCUCUCUGUCUUGCAGUGAGGUAAAUAAAUCUCGACAUUUAAUGGAAACUGCCUCUGUGAUUUGUUACCACAUCCGCUAAAAUAAACAUGUCAAAAAUUAAGAUACAUUUGUCUGCUUUCGCCAUCCAGCUUCCUCUAAUCCUGAGCCCUUUAUAUGUCAGUUGUCACCUGACUAAACAUCUUCUCUCCGCUCCUCUGUACGGGAGAUUAAGGAAAUGUAGGUUGCGCUAUCUUGAACAGAUAUGGCCCGUGUGUCUCUGGCUGUGGACGCGGCGAGUACUCAUCGGAUAAAAAGAGGGACUGAACCUACUCUUUAAUUCCAUCAGACAGCUCCUUUCAUUUAGCAGCUAUUGUUGAGUGCGCUGAAUAACGGUUGUUUCCAUGGUGACACCUACUUGUGGGGAGACGUAGACCUUCAUUUUUUGUCAGAUUCAGGGACAAAGAUGCAGGAUGUGCUGAGGGGGCUCUGGGAAGGGGCCAUCAGCACAUUACAGCGAAAAAGAGAGGAAGCUUUGAUGGCGAGUGCUGCCCUCCUUCCCAAGGCCAGUGAAGGUCCAGCAGGGCUGUGAGCCUCAGGUGAGCUCUCUGUGUGUUUUCAUCAGACCUCUCUCUUUGGCUCUCUCUCCUCCAACCCUCUGAUUUAUGGCCACAAUUAAAGAACGCUCACAACCGCUUAACAUUCACUGGCAAUAAAAUCAACAACGGGCUUGCACCCAGGGAGCAGGAGCUGUUGUUGAGUAGAAUCACCCCAUUCACUCCGUGUUAUCGGAUUACCUUUAAUGCCUUUAAACACAACUGGGCUUCCCUAACACUGCCUCUGCUCAGGGUUAUGAGAUCUAGCCGAGGGCACAGUAAAAACAGGAAAGACGGAGGAUAGAUUAGUUGUGCUCUCAUUGGCUGGUUGUCUUCCGCCUGUGUGUAAUAAGGAAAUGGCUAAUAAGAGAUGGAGAAUGGGAAAUCUUGCUUGUAAUUAGCUGUCUCCUCCUUCCCUCAAGGGAGCAGAACGCACCUUUGAAAUGCUUCCAGCUACUUCCUCUGAUGUUGUUUCUCACUUGCUUUCAAUUCCCCAGUCGCUCUAUGAAUUUACCACACAGCACAUACAUGCAAAUAUGUACACACCUACAUACAAGUAGGCUUUAAAGAAGGAAGUCAAGCUGAGAAAAAUCCAUCCACAAUGAUGAAACGAAGAUGCUUUUGUGAGAAGCACCUUGGCAAGCUACACUGUCACAUAUGCAGUGCAUUAAAAAUAGGGGACUGUGUGUUUUAUAAGAUACAUCGCCACUCAGAUAUUAUCCUAGCAUCUUUAAUUGAUGCAGUGCUCCAAGUCAUGAGCAGCUUUCUGAGUGUCCUUGGUCCCCGGUGUGUGCAGAAAGCUUGAUCAAAGUGAGUCUAUUGAAUCACGUCAAUCGAUGAGUCAUCUAGAUUCAGGAUCCAGACACACGCUGUGAAGGAAAUUACAGUUUCACAGAGGGACAGUAGUUGUGAUUUUUGGAUGAGUUAAAACGACUGGGAAAUUUUCGAACCAUCGAGCAAGUUGCAACAGUCGUGUAUUACGUGUUGUUGUCCAUGUUGCUUCUCCUGCAUACACUCCAUUUACAGUCUUCCCUUACACACACACUCACUCUCUUUCACACUCACACAUACACACCCAUUUCAAUUUUCACAUUCAGUUGAUGAAUCAACUUGGUCAUUGUGUUAGAAAACAAAAAAAAACACCCCCUCAUUAGUGGCAUCCUAUAUGGGUUUUUCCAUAACGUGGGUAUUUACGUUCACGCUUUACAAGACGAGACAAAGAGUGAGGAUGUGAAUGUGCUCACAAUGAAGUUGUUUAUAUGAUGGGAAGUUUGGCUGAGGUUGAUAAAUUUGUCGUCAGAUAAUACAAAAGUAUUGUAAAAUAUGGUGACUUUGACUUCAUGAAGGCACAGGAAAAGAAAUGUUUUCUGUUUAUAGCUACUGGAAGGAAAACAAAUGUUGUAAAGAUCACAAUUUUUCCUCACUACUCUCUGAGGGCCAGAGAUGAACACAAAUUCACGUCACAGUCUGGACCUAAGUGUUAGACUAGCAAAUCACUUAAGCAACUGUACUAGCAUGAUAAAAAUACCACAUAAUAGGGUGACCAUAUGUCCUCUUUUACCCAGACAAGUUCUCUUUUUGGGGGGCUAUCCGGGUUUGUCUGGUUUUGUACGGGAAGUUUAUAAAAUCCUUCAAAUGUCUGCGGUUUUGUACAUAAGUUUUGAGUUUGUGUCAUGUGGACUUAUUGAGUUAGAAGUGCGUAAAAGACACUUGAUCCGACCCCAAAAACUCUCAAAAUGAACUUAGUGCGACUCUGUGACUCCGCCCCUGAGUAGCCAUGUCCUCUUUUUGGGAAGACAAAAUAUGGUCACCCUACCACAUAAGGAUUCUGUAUCUCGCUAAAUUCUCUACACUGACCACAUGAAUCAGAAAGGGUAACAGGGAAAGAGAAUAUUAUAAUCGAUAGUGUUGAACUCCAUGACCGUUUUCUGUAACUUCUAGUGUAUCUGGUUACUUUCGGAUUCAACAAAGCUACUACAAUUGGUUGUCAUGUAGCCAACAGGUACAUACGAUGAUCAUCCAUGUCAGCCUAGUAGCAUCGAGGAGAAGGAAUAUUUGAACAGUAAAAACAACAGCUCAUGAUCAUUCAGGUGUGAGCUUUUUGUCCAGGAAAUACCGGUUUUGUUCUGUCCUCCCUGAGCUAAAGGACAGGAAUAUUGUGGUGAGCUGCAGUCUGUGUGCUGGAAGGAAAACUAUCCAUUCCCAGUACUGCUAAUUCUAAUUCAUGAAGCACCUAGCCAAACAACAUAUCUCUACCCAGCUCGUUUCCAGGAAGCCCAGUGCUAGAAACACCUGUGACCCACUCACAUUAGCCUUGCAGGCCUUGGAGGAGGCACUGGCUUGAUUUUAAAUCACUGCCAGCUCCUGAGACAAAACUGACUACAGCAUGGUGGUAUACUGGUUAAGACGUGCUUUUCAUGAGUCUGCUCCUUUCAGAGACCUAAUUAGCGAAAUACUCGAGGGACUAGAGGUAAUGCUAAAGUUGUUUUCCCAUGUAACUGGCUUCUAUCAUAAGCAAUUAAAGUAUUUUUAAUAUUAGUGACUAUUAAUUAACUUGUUGCUCAUUUUCAUUUACUCACCCUUGUACCCUACACAGCAGCAACACAUCUACUCCAUAAAAUGUCAAACCCUGGUGGUGACCUUUCCUGAGGAGAGUAAGAUGAUAAAGCUGACAAAUCUUAUCAUACUGUGCUGAACGUGUGGUGGAGGGGCACACCUAAAGGUACCACUGAGAAAAGUUCAUAAGACAGGGGUAAGAUGACAGGUGAUAACCAACUGAGAAAAAAAAAAGGGAUAGACCAGCUGUCGUGGGGGUUCUCUCUCAAGCAAUUAAAAACCAGUGGAAAAGACAGACGCAGUCAAAAAAUACAUUGAUGGUGAAAUUUAUUUAUCGCUGGCUCGUGAGGCCUAGGCAACCUUUUUCAACCCCCCCAGCCCCUACUCUGGGCACAUCCAUACACAAAUGUAAAAUACCAUAGGGUUUUAAAAUACCAUAUGUAAAGUACAUCACAAACUCAUCAAUAAAUCAGACAUUUCACCACAGACAAAAAGGCAUUAAUCGCCCUCCAUACAGCUAUGACCUUACCUUAUCCCUUGAAAAUACAGUAAAUCAGACAAAAUAACAAAAUGAAAGACACUGGUAUGGUCCGGCGGUCACAUGACCCCCCCAAAG